AUGAAUAUGGCGUGCAUCGGGGACGCAGACCCUUUCACCGCUGCGAUACCUGCCACCAAAGUUGAACUAACGGUGUCUUGCAGGUGAGUGCCAAGUAUUGCUGGUUUUCCUCCCAGUCACGUGCCUUUAAACAAAAAAAAGGACGUGUUUCUUUGUGUGAAUUUGUCUGGAGUAGUAGUGCUGUAUUUGACACUUGAUCUGGAGUCACCACGGUCCAUGGAUGGAUGGAUGGGGUGGAGAGUAACGCAUCUCACACUUACAACAGGCUCGUUUUUGUUCUUUUUGAUAAAAAUCGAGUUUAUUAUUGAUAAUAUAAGGCCUAUAAUAAAAGCAUUUCAAUCUCUGUAUCAUAGCAGUGCUCCUUGACUGAUGACACUGGGUCUUGACUCAGAGAGAAAAACAGAUAAUUUUGUGCGUCUGUUGGCAGCAGCUCGCUGUUGGAUGAUGUCCAGAUGGAGGUCAGGGUUGACAUGUCUUCACUGUACUGUCACAUCUCUGAGCUCUGAUACAGCUGCCACAUGUAGAGUGGUGGGAAUUGUUGCUUUUAACCCGUAAAUUGCCACUUUUAGUGCCUUGUGUGAGAGAUGCUCCUCAUUCUUGGCAUGAUGUGCUGAAAGGCAGAGUGUAGAGUGCAGAUUUGGACGGUUUUACUAUAGAGGCAGCAUCCACUCCGCUCUUGUCUUGUUGUUAUAGUAGGGCUGUAAACUGGAGACUGGGGACAGACUGUAAAAGCCUCAGGUUGUUCGCGAUGAUGCCACAUGAUUAACAAACCUCUCUGGGCGAGUGCGAGUGAGACGAUUUUUAAACGCAGGAGUUUACACUUUUACAGCUCCUGUGAGGAAUAUAUAAAUUUAUAUGCAGACUGAAGGACUGUCGGAACUCUAUAAUAAUGGUGCAGAUGAGCAAUUAAGUGUGAUACCAGUCAUUCUUGUGGAGACACUGGUAUAAGAGUCUUUCUAACAGUGGAGGUAUUAGGUUUUACCAGUCUCAUAUCUGCCUGUUUUCUCACACACACCACUGAUGAUGAUGAUGAUGAUAAUGAGUAAUGGGUGAGGAGGAGGCUGUUAUUGUUGCCAACCUUCACCAUGACUUAGCUGAGUGUUUUAAAACCACGGUCAUUAGUUUGAGGUUUCUAGUGUGAAGAAAGUAAUGAGGGCGCAGAAGGGCCGCAGCUAUCGAUCACGUUCAUUGAUGAUUUUUCAGUUGAUUUAUGUCUCCAUUAUUUAACUAAUUAGUUUGCUUGUUUACUUUCCAGACCUGCAGAAUUGAAAAAAAGAAAGGCUGCAAGUUCUUAUCAUCAAAUAUAAAGCUGUGAGGUUUUGCAGGGUUGUAGAACGCAAUCUUAGAAGCACUUGAAACCCCCCAAACUAACAAAGUUGAUUUGAUUAUAACACGUAGGAUAAUGUCAAUACAAACUGUGUAAAUGUUGAGGUAUUUUAAAAUACUGGGCAAGUUUUGAUCAGCCUGAAUAUUGGCCAAAUACUGAACCCUGAUCCAAUACUUGCCUUUGCUCAUGGAGCUGCAUGCUGUUUGUUUCAUUUCACAAGCUACUUAAAGCUCCAGUUAGGAGUUUUUUGGCAUGAAAUUCAUAUUGAUGCAUUUUUAUUGUAUACUCCAUCAGCAACAACAUUUACCAUUUCUUAAUUGUAGCUUUUCAAGCCUGACGCUGGUGUGAGGGGAGAGACGCCAGCUGAGCAUCCAGAGACUGCACAGUUUUUACAAUUUUCACAUCAAAUUUGUAAGAUAAAUGAUCAAUGUGACUGUAAGCAGGAUGUAAUUUUUUUGUAAGCACUAAGGACAAAAUAAGCGAAGUCUGCUUUGUCCACAGGGGGCGCCAAAAUAAACUCAAAGUUAAAGUUGCUCACAGGAGCUUUUAACUUGUUUCACUUAACUUAGCUUGGCUGGUUUUCUUGUAAAACUCGCAUAGAUGAUCCAAAUAAUAAUCCAAAUUUGUGUGAUCAUAAUAUUCAGUAUAUCUUGGACGGCCUGUUUUAAACGCUCUGCUGUUUGAGAUCCACAAAAAUGGUGUCUUUCUAGUGCAGAAUAUUUCCACACUGCUGAUAUUUCAACCUCAGCAUCGGCGAUAUUAAGUCAUUCUCAUGUUUGUAGUGUGCUGAUUGUGAUAUUACUCAUUCAUGAUCCUUUCAGGUCUGCAGGUUUAUGUGUCGGCUUUGCUUUUUUAAACUGUUCUUCUGGAAAAGUUCAACAUGAUGAACAGAAGAAAAAAGGUCCUGGACUGUUUUAUGUUCUUACCCUAAGUCGGGCUGCUGCCGCCGCUGCCGUGUGUUUAUACGUCGCUCUGAGAUAAAAAGCCCGGUAAUGCUUGGACAGAAGACGUCGGUCUGGUAAUGACCUUAAACAUUUUUAGAUCUGAGCCUUUGAAGAUGUUUCCUCCAAAAUGAGGAAGCCACCAGCAAGACAAAAUAAUUGUGCUUUUGAAAUGAAAUGAUGACUCUGUGGAGGACAAUCAUUCCUUUCAGAAAGGAAUCAUUUUUUACAAAGUGCAGCAUUUUAUACAUGCAAACACAAUGUGUACAUUCUGACCCAUGUGACUGUGCAUGCAGAAACUUUGAGUCGUACGGCUGUAGAGGCAGUGCUUUGACAAAUUGCUGCAACAUUUCUUUAAUGGUUGUGAAGUGAGUCACAGGAGCAUGAAGCUGUGUAUUAUUUCUGUCAUUUACAAGAGGAGAUGGAACACAGCAAGCAAGUGACCUGUGAUGGAUGGAUAUGUUCAAGUCAGCUCUCACAGAAGGGGACGAGUUACAAUAUGUGGUGUUAUGUAGUAGCAAAGAUUGUCAUUUUCCUUUUUGGGUCUUUAUGAGGGAGUUGCAGAGUCGAUCCCCCUACUAACCAUUGUGCAGACUCGUGAUUUUCCUUUGGCAAGUGUUUCCCUGUUUGAAUAUGUGCAGCAUUCCAGUCCCCUCUCUAAACCCAGGUCAGUUUCAGCAGAUGACUGUGUAACAUCAGUCUGGUUCUGCUCGAGGUUUCUGCCUGUUAAAGGAAGUUCUUCCUCUCCACUGUAACUUGCUAAAUGCUGCAAAGAUGGGAUGGGAGUGGGUCUGGUCCAUCUGGAUGUAGGGCUCAGUCUGAUCCCAUAUUUACACUGGGUCUUAGUGAACAGAGUCAGAUCUAGACCAGCUUCGUUUGGAUGACACUUACUGUGAAAUAAAGUUUGUUUUAUUGACAUGUAAACAGAGGACAAUAAAAGUGUGCGGUAUUAUAUUAUACUGUUCUGUCUCAGUGUGUCCUAUCCCAUUGUUUUGUAUUUUCUUCUGUGGCAAUAAUAUCAUUGUCAGAGAUGAGACACCAGGAAAAAUUGAUGCUCUCUGCCUUUAACAUGAAUAUAAAUAAUUCAGGUAUAGUGGGUCACAAGAUCCUGAAAGUCCGUUUUUAUAAAGGGUCUUAAGAGAAUCAUGAUUGUAAAAAAAUGCCUCUAAGUCUGCUGAGAGUCUGAAGCAUCUUUUUGAUCCUGAGAACUUGAUGUUUUCUGGGCUGGAAGCUGCCUUAAAUAUCUCAGAUAGCCAGAGUUACAGUGUUAAAAGACUCUGGUUACCAGACAGCAAGAGUUUAAUGAAAGAUUUAAGUAGUUUGCAUCAUGGGGGAUCUUGAAGUAUUAACUAGAGUUGUUCUGAUUCCGAUACCAGUAUCGGAAAUUGCUCCGAUACUGCCAAAGAUGCUGGCAUCUUUAUCGGCAAGUACUGGAGUCCAGGCACUGAUCCGAUACCACGUAAUUUAUUAGAUUAGGGUAAUUUAUUUACUGGUUAUUUACGUUAGCUCUGACACAGUUCUUUUUCACCGAUCUAAACCGGCAUGCAUCACGUGACAGAUACACAACGUCAGAGCCAGAGCCUGUUGACACAGUUGACGAGGCUCGGACCUAAGCUAAGUAGCAGCUAAUUAGCACUAGCGUCAUGUCGACAACUAAAUUGCAUUUGCUGUGUUUUAUACUGUUCUAUUUAAAAAUAAACGGCUUGAAUUCUCUGUAUUUAUUUGUGUUUUACUAACCUGAACCAGACCUCACCACAGUGAUAAUCAUAUCACAGUCAUGCAGGCCUGGUAUGAUAUUUGUUUUUAUAACAUACUGGUAACGGAUCAGUACUCGGUGUUGGCUGACACCCACAGCACAAGUAUCAGAAUCAUUAUCAAGAGGGAAAAAUAGGAAUUGGAAUAUCUCUAGUACUAACCAUAGUACUUGGAUUUUUAUGCUCAAAAUCAUAUUUUUCCCCUUUUGUAAUUUUAUAUAGAAAUGAACAAAAGAACAUCAUGACAUUGCAGCGGCUAGGUAUCUGCUGUUGCAAGCUUUUAUGCCAAAAAUGAAGAUUCACUGAUUUAGAGUUAUUGUGAAUAUGAAAAAAUCCUGUUUUUUGACUGGAAAUGAGAAGCGGUCUGAUGGGAAUGACUGCUGUUUCCAAAGAUCUGGAGCAAAAGCAACAAAAAGGUCCCAUAAAAAAAAUUGCAUGUGGUCUCUGCUGCUUUAAUUUUGUCCAAACACUAGCUAGAGCAAAUUAGGAAUAAUUAAAAAAAAUUGCAAUAAAUGAAAAACAACACAGCAGCUUCUGGAAGCUACAACAGUCUCAUUUUUAUGGAAUGAAAAGUGAAAGUCGGGGUGUGUCUGUGUGUGCACCAUGAGGAUCACAGUUGGCACUGGUCCCUGAUGCUGCAGACUGAGUAAUAAAUCUCCAGUCUCAGUGAUCUGCAUCAGGGCUGUAAAUAAUCAGUAUCUGAGUUGUCAGUUGAAGGUUAUAUUCUUGAUUAAAAGAUACAUUUUUCUGAAGUACAAAGAGAAACAAACAGACUGAAGCUUAGCCAUGCUGCAGAGAUGCCACAUUUUGUCAGACUCGAGGACUUAUUCAAUCAGUCAUAUUCAGCACAACAAAAUAACCCACAUAUUCAGUUAUUUAAUCCUCAAAUAUUCGUCAUUUUUACACUUAAAAGGAGUGAGAGGAUUACUGACGCUGUUUUUAAACAAAUGACUCAUUGUACAAAUAGUUUCUGACUCAUUUUGUCUCGAUCAGAUAAUUAAUUUGUACUCAAACCAGAAUUUGAAAACUCUCUGAACAAAGAGUUUAAAUGUGCGUCUUUAAUACUGUUGUAUAACUUCUAAUUGCCUCACAAAGAAACUGACACUGGCUGAGAAGGAAACAAAACUAUGAAUGAGAUGAUGAAUAAUAAUUCAUGUUAUGUUGAAUAUCACAAAAAGGUGAAUCUAUUGUUCCAAAUCUGUGAUCAAGACCAGGGAUGGGAUAAAACGUUGAAACCAUAGACUGUAUAUACUGUGGACAGCUUGGCUCCGCCUUCCACCAUUUUACGAAUUUUAAGCCGAAUUGCUCUCGGUAUUUCCAGGAUUUUCUCCACUUCCUGGAACAGCGUUGUACGCAUUUCACCACUCGGGCAGUUGCGUUGUACGCAUUCGUCGGGAGAGUUGCUGUGAUGACGCUCGGCUCAAACAGCGUAUCCCCCCGGUGAGCUACGCAAACUUAGUUCGCCUAUAGGCUGUAUCAAGUGUCAAUCAUGGAAAACAUGAACCCCCCAAUAACUUUUAAAAACAGAGCUGUACAGAAAAAAGGAGGACUUGAGCACAAACCAGUCUUACAGUAACUACAUGUCAACAUCACGACCAGGGGGGGAAAAAUGUAUAUUCUAUGUAAUUAAUUUCUAAAGUUAGUCGAUAGCUGCAUAGGGAUUGCUGGACGAAGACCUAUACUGCAGCCAGUCACCAGAGGGUGCUGUUCUCAGGGUGGCUUCCCCCAGCGAGUAGGCAGACGGCGUCCAUUCUAUUUACAGUCUAUGGUUGAAACAAGAAUAAAUCAGUGUCUGUUUAUCAUUUUUACUCACAUCAGAAGCGUUCUUAAGCCAACAUGCUGCACCAGAGACGUGAGGACGCUUAGUGUUGAAUAAAUAAACAAAGCGUGUUUUACUCCAACGGUGCAGCAGAAAGAGACGUGAUAGACAGACUGGGUCAAGAUGCUUUACUUCUCUUCUUCUUUAGACAUUGUUGGAGUUGGAUAAAGAUAGAGAAAAACAUCUGUGUACCUGUCUUAUAGUUUAGUCUGCUUGAAAAACUCUACGUUACUGAUCAAACCCGGGUCAUUGAACGUUUCAUAGAAGGUUCUGCACGCACAAAAAUCGCAAUUUGGAGCUCUGUUUCAUCAAAGUUGGUCCUCUAAUUGGAUUUUCCUGCAAAUUUUGACUCACCGUUUCGCCACUUUUUGACCACCAGUGGUGGUGCUAAUGACAUGAGGAGAUUGAUGGGAGGUUAACAAGCAGAAUUUAAUUGGUUUAGGAAGUUGACAGCUGCACAAUGCCAGAGGAAAACAGCGGGAUGUUGGGUAGCGAAGAGAUGCGUGGGCCACUUUUAAAACCUAGAAGAAGAAGAGGGAGAUCAGGAGUCAUCAGGAGAUUCCUACCUUUAAACAGCACCCCUGUGUUUCCAUGUAAUCAGAUUAUUUUUAAACCAAGGACAGCUAUGGAUCGUUUCUACUAGUGUAGCAGCCCUGAUGUGGUGUGUGAUGUUAUUUUCCCACUUCGGCGUCUCUGCCUGCUUCUAAAUCUACUGGAGCAUUCAGCCUGGAUAGAUCCCCUCCAUCAGUGAAAGCCCUUCUUCACUCAAUAAAUCCAGACCAUCUUCGCUCUCAUCACGUGUGAAGUCGAGCAGGAGAACUGACAGAUUGAUUAACUCAAGUCCAAUAUUGUGCAUCAGUGAGAAGAAAAUCCCCCAGUCUGCUGCUACGGCGCCUGGCCGCUUGACUGAUGAGUGCCUAUCACUGCUCAUCACAUGGCCCUGAUGAUAAACACACAAACGCGCAGGCAAACACAGAUGUGGUUAAGCUGUAUGAGCGGAUGGCAAACAGCGAGCCAGGCAGACCUUUUGGAGGCUUCAGAGGCUGUUUCUGCACCAAAAUGUCGGUGCUCACAUCUGUGCGGCUGUCAUCUGAUCUGAGCGGUCCACAGCGGAGAGAUAGCCAUGACCUUUGGGCACAAAUGGUAGAAAGUGUAUCCCGUCGAAGAAUUGACGUGUUGUGAUGUGGUUGUAUUGAAGCCGGACGCUGACCUGCUGAGAGGCCGGUCGAUGUGUCACAGCCAAUGUUGCACUUUCCACGAGGAAGGUGAAGAAAGAGACAGACAGAGUUGUUGGAGCAGAGAAGGAAUUCUGUGUGCACGUUUCGAGUGUUUCAGCAGCACACACACACACACACACACACACACACACACACACACACACACACACAUUAGACAUCAGUGCAGAGUGAGAGAGCGGGAAAUAUCCGAGGAGGAUGAAGACACGGUCAGAGAAUAUUCAGGGUUUAAUGCAGAGGAACCAACGAUAAUAUUUACUGAUGAUUAAUGAAAAAUUUCAAUUAACUUUUUUGGAUUUGUUGGGUUUGCUCAUAAAACAAGAUUUAGUCAGUGAUGUUUGAGAUGAUUUGACGACCGGCGAUCAGAAGAUGGGAAUAAAGGGAUGGACACGGUCAGCAACAACAGCCAGGAAGGCUGUAGAGUAUUAAUUAGUUCUAUUUCAUCCCUUCUGACCGCCAGAGGCGGUGCUUUAAGCACUGAAUGACUCCCUUCGCGCAUGCGCAGUUCGAGUGUUUAUACCAACAACGUCACUUGUGACCCCGUGGUGACCUGGAAGAGGUUAUUUCUUCCAUCGGUCAACGAGGGUUCAGUCCCUUAUUCUUUCUCGCUCGCGCAGGAUGCAAAAGAGCGAGCUACAAUAUUUCAAAACCUACCUCACUUUUAAACGAGUAAGUUACCAGUAGUUCCGCGGCCGUUUCGGUCGGAGUAGCGAAUGCUCGCCCUCCAGGAGCUGUAACUUGUCUAAUCCAUAUUAAUUGGGAUCUCCUACUGAGCGGAGUUCUCAUCUCAUCGGACGCCGCGGCGUCCGUCAUUCACCGGUGAGGAUGGGACUCGUUCCCCUCUCCUUCGGAACAGGUAGGUUAUUGAUUUAGUGUACAUAUAUAUAGAUAUUUACCUUAACCUGUUGUGAAAGGCUGCGCUCUCGCCGCCUCCCUCCGACAUAACGACUGUAUACAACGAACGGUAACGCUCGCGUUCCGCGUCGGCAUUUUCAGUUAAUAAACGACUCUACGGUAGCCCGUUUUUUGUUAACGCCGCAGCGGCCACGGCCCCCCGACGGCGGCUAAAGCAUUCAGCGGCGGCCAAGCGGGCAGAAAAGUUUUGAGGAUAGCUCUUUCGUUUUUUGGCCAAGUGGAUUUGGCUAGUUUCCUAGCGACGUUUGGUUGGGCUUGGCUAACCCGUUUUUGUUGCAUAGCCUUGUCUUUAGUUUAGUUAACACUAACAGUAGCAUUAACGCUCUGGUUGCCUGAGGGGCUUUAUCUCUUUUCAUUAUAUAGUUGGCGAUAGCCUACGCUGGUGCAGGCGGUGCUCACGCCCCCUCCCCCCAGCUCGCGCUGCCAGUGACCUGAGUUGCUUCAAGCCUAUUAUUGUGAUUAUUAUUUGAUUUAUUCUUUCUAUUUCUGAUUGCUGGCAAAGGAGCGUUUCCGCUUCCUUCCUCCAGCAUAAGCGGCAGUCACUCUUGCUGUCUUAAUUUUCGGAUAAAGGAGCGUUUCUGCUUCCUCCCUCCAGCAAGAGCGAUCAAUUCUCCAUCUAGUGGCGGGGUCACAAUGGAUGUCUCUCACUGCUGUACUUCCUGUCAGGCCCCCCUCCAACCUGAUGAUGGACACGAUUUGUGUCCAUCAUGUCUGGGCCUUGAGCACCUCAAGGAGGCCCUGGUGAACAGCCACUGUAUGGACUGCAGCUACAUGCCAAUGGCAGCUAAGCUGGCCAGGCUAGCGGAGGUGAAUCCGCUGCAGGACAACCUUCCCCCAUCAGGCCAGGCGCCCACAGUGAAACCUGGUCGUUCGAAGCGGGGCACUGACGCACCUGCCAGUGCAGGCGCCCCACCUGCUAAAAGAAGCCUAGGGCUAGGCCCAAGACCAACCGCUCUCGACUGUCGUCUAGGGUGGAUCAGUUGUCUGCGGAGCUUGGUCGUAUGAGGGCUAUGCUCCUCGUCCAUCAACCUCUGGAGUGUCCUUCAGAGGAAGCUCGGGUGCCUACUCCUGAAAUGCCACACUUGACCCAGGAGUCCCAAGAGCCAGAGGAGGAUGCGCUGUCUUUAGCUGCAUCAGCCUCCCAUUUUCAUGAGUACGAGGAAGGGGAGGUCUAUGAGGGGGCCUCUCAGGCCUCAGAUCAAGGCUCCCACUCCUCAGCCCAGACUGAGCUGUCCGAGAGCGGGGAUAACUCGAUGCAGGCCAUCCUGAGAAUGGCCCUGGAGAAGUUAAGGGUGGCCUUACCAGACCAAACAGGGCAGGCCCCAACAAGCAGAUUCUUCCGGCGGAAGCCAGCCUCCAAUGCAUUCUCUGUCCCUCAUGCAGAGGACUAUUUGAGGGAGCUACAGGUCUGCUGGGCAGACUCGAAGGCCUGCUCCCGUCUAACCAGCGACGGUCGUGCGCUGGCAGCGAUGCAUGGUUCGGCAGACGUUGGCUUGGACUGCAUGCCAUCAAUUGAGCCAGUCGUCGCAUCUCUGGUGGUUCCCCCAGAUGAGGCCUUGAGCCGGGACACCAGGUGCCCUCGCCCCCAGUGCAGGCUGACCGACGACCUGCUGAUUAGGGGCUAUAACACAGGAGCAAAAGCUGGGAGAAUUGGCAACUCCCUGUCGCACCUCCUGCUGGCGCUUUCAUCAUCCCUGCAGGAGGACAAUGCAAUCGCAGAUGCUACCACCCUCUGUGACGCGUCACUGGAGGCGUUUGGCCUCAUGGCUCGGGAGUUAGGGAGGAUGAUGUCCAUCAUAAUCCAGGCCCGCCGCCAGGUUUGGCUGUCCCAGUCACGGCUGACGGACAAGGCGAGGAAGACCCUCCAGGGCCUCCCGGUGGUGCCAGGAACGGUCUUUGGUCCAGCUGCCCAGGAGGCACUUGACCAAACCAUCCAGGCUGGACAGACUAGACAGCAGCUGAUGAGCCUGCACCGCGCUCCUCCCCAUAGCAGGGGCAGGGCCAGGGGCAGAGCCCACUCAGCUGCCCCUGGAAGCAACCCCCCACCAGCCCACUUUAGAGACCCACGCUUUGUGCAGGGGCAAGCCCGUGGACGGGGCUUUGGUCGUGCGCAGUCUAGGCCAUUUCGGCCCCCAGACCCCGUUGGACCCCCCAACAGGGCCCCUAGGGGCAGAGGGGCCAAACACUGAGACAAUGGGGCCGGCCGUCGGAACUUUCACACACCAGCAGCUCAGCUACUGGGCUGCUCGAGCUGUGGACCCGUGGGUGCUUACCACCUUGACCCACGGGUACAAACUCCAGUUCCGACGCCGGCCCCCUGCAACCAGCCGGGUCAAAACUACCAUCAUUGGCGACCCGGCAAAGGCCCUCGCCCUGGACCAGGAGCUGUCUACCCUCCUGGCCAAGGGUGCCAUCGAACCAGUAGACCCUCUGCAGCACCCCAGGGGGUUCUACUCAACCUACUUUCUGGUAGAGAAAAAGACCGGCGGAUUCCGCCCCAUCUUGGACCUGAGAGGCUUAAACAGGUACUUAAAGACCCUACCCUUCCGUAUGUUGACCACGGCAGCUGUACUCCAGUCCGUGGCCCCAAACGAGUGGUUCACGACAGUGGAUUUGAGAGAUGCCUAUUUCCAUGUCCCCAUUGCCAGGCAACACCGGCAGUUCCUCCGGUUUGCCUACAAGGACCGCCACUGGCAGUUCCGGGUGCUCCCAUUCGGGCUCUCCCUGUCCCCGAGGGUCUUCACGAGGUUUGCCGCUGCAGCGCUCCAACCUCUCCAGGCCCAGGGCAUGAAGGUGCUUCCCUACCUGGACGAUUGGCUGAUCUGCGCACCAUCCCGGGCACAGUCAGCGGACGACACAUCACAGCUUCUAGCCCACGUGGCCCGCCUGGGAAUCAAAGUAAAUACAGACAAAAGCUGCCUGACGCCAUCUCAGAGCAUAACAUUCAUUGGUCUAGCCCUAGACACGGUUUCAAUGACAGCCCGUCCUUCCACCCGUCGGGUGGAUGGUAUUAUGAAGCUUCUGUUCGAUUUCAGGAGAGGAAGCCUCCUGCCAUACAUGAGGUUCCUCCGCCUCAUGGGCACGCUAACAUCUGUUGCGGCUGUUGUGCCGCUGGGCUUGCUGUCCCUACGCCCCCUGCAGAGGUGGCUAAACGGCCUCCAUCUAGAUGCCGAGCGACACAGGCACAGGCAGAUUGCCGUGUCAAGACAGUGCCUCCUCACCCUAGUCCCGUGGAGGGACAGGACUUACAUCCUGAGGGGUGUCCCGAUGGGGUGUAUUCCAUUCCGCAGGGAAACUGUUACCACCGACGCCUCCCUCUCGGGCUGGGGUGCGGUGUGGCAGGGCAGGACAGCUCGCGGGCAGUGGUCUCCAGCAGACCGCGCAAAUCAUAUCAAUGUGCUCGAAAUAAAAGCGGUGCACAUGGCUCUUAUCCAUUUCAUGCCUCACCUGAGAGGCAAGCAUGUGUUGGUCAGGUCAGACAAUACCUCAACAAUCUACCAUAUAAACCACCAGGGAGGGACCAAGUCAGCACAGCUGCUGCAGGUCUCCGCAAACCUGCUGACAUGGGCCGCCCCCCGCCUGAUGAGCCUGCGGGCAGUAUAUAUACCAGGGGAGAAGAAUUACAUCGCGGACUUUCUCUCCCGGCGGAAGCCUCCGUCAGGAGAGUGGGGCCUCCACCCAGACGUGGUCACCAUGAUCUGGAACCGCUUUGGCAGGGCAGAAGUGGAUCUGUUCGCUUCGGCAGUGUCGACCCACUGCCCGAAGUGGUUCUCCCUAGCGGAGCCAACCAGCCCCCUAGGCCAGGACGCGCUGUCCCACCCCUGGCCAGGGGUUCUCCUAUACGCCUUUCCCCCACUUCCUCUGAUUCCCCUGGUGCUCCAGAGAGUGGCUCAGGAGGGUCACACCAUUCUCCUCGUGGCCCCUUUCUGGCCAGGCAGGGUGUGGUUCCCACUGCUCCACCAACUAUGUCAAGGGACGCCGUGGCGCCUCCCCGACAGGAGGGACCUGCUCUCACAGCUGAGGGGACGAAUCUGGCAUCCCAACCCACAACGCCUUCAGCUGUGUGUUUGGCUGCUGAAGGGCCCGACCCGCUGCUAGGCAGCUGCUCGGACGCAGUACAACAUACGAUCUUGAACGCAAGGGCGCCGUCCACCAGGCUCCAGUAUGCCAACAGGUGGAAGCUGUUUUCCAGCUGGUGCAAAAGCAGAGCUGAGGACCCAGUACACUGCCCAGUGACUGUAGUCCUUGAAUUCCUCCAAAGCCUGGUAACUAAAGGCCUGUCCCCUUCUACACUUAAAGUGUAUGUGGCAGCUAUAUCUUGUAACCACAUGAGGGUUGAGAACAGCACGAUAGGGAGCCACCGCUUGAUCUCCAGCUUUCUGAAGGGGGCCCAGAGGCUGCACCCCCCGAGAGCCCCGAGAGCUCCAGUAUGGGACCUAAAUCUAGUCUUAGACACCCUAUGCAAGGCUCCCUUUGAGCCCCUGGAGCGGGCAGAGCUCAAAUGGCUGUCCUAUAAGACAGCCCUCCUCCUGGCCAUUACAUCGGCCAAGCGGGUAGGGGAGCUGCAUGCCCUCUCAAUCAACGAAUCCUGCCUACGGUGGAACCCAGACCAGUCAGGCAUGACCCUAUGGCCCAAUAUGGACUUCCUGCCAAAAGUGCCAUCGGCAGCAAACAUCAACCGGCCUAUCACACUGGCCCGGUUCGAUCCUCCGCCAGGAGACAGGGCUGACCAACUGAGGCUGUUGUGCCCGGUGCGGGCCUUGAGAGCCUACAUUCGAGCCACCACACGUGUAAGACGAGCUGAACAGCUCUUUGUGUGUCACAGCGGCCCUAGUAUAGGCCUUGCCCUGUCAAAGCAGAGGUUGUCCCACUGGGUGGUGGACACAAUCAACCACGCCUAUAAGGCAAAUAACCGCCCCAUGCCACCCGGGGUCCGGUGUCACUCGACUAGGAGUGUCUCCACCUCAUGGGCAGCCCUAAGAGGAGUACCCCUGGAGGACAUCUGCUCGGCUGCCUCGUGGGCGUCAUCAAGCACGUUCUCCAAGUUCUACAGGGUGAACGUUGCCACUCCCCAUCCGUUGGGUGUGGUCCUCUUCCCGGAGUCCCCUUGAUUCAAGGUUUGCAAUCAGGAUUCCUCGUGACUUUGCUGGUAUAAGUCAUUCAGUGCUUAAAGCACCGCCUCUGGCGGUCAGAAGGGAUGAAAUAGAACGAAAGUUACGCAUGUAACUACGGUUCUAUGAAUCCCGAAUGACCGCCAGAGCACUCUGUCACUCAGAAUCCUCGCGUCUUCGCGAGAAAGUUCUGCAGGGACUGAACCCUCGUUGACCGAUGGAAGAAAUAACCUCUUCCAGGUCACCACGGGGUCACAAGUGACGUUGUUGGUAUAAACACUCGAACUGCGCAUGCGCGAAGGGAGUCAUUCAGUGCUUAAAGCACCGCCUCUGGCGGUCAUUCGGGAUUCAUAGAACCGUAGUUACAUGCGUAACUUUCGUUUUAAUUAUCCAAUACAAUAUUGAUAUCGGAUAUCGGUCCGAUAUCAGCAAAAAAAGGAAUAUCGGAUUAUAUUGGUCUGCAUCUAAAAUUUCCGAUAUCAGCACUCCGAUACAAGCAGUCAAUUCCAUACUCCACUCCGGCACCUCUAUCUAGCAGCACCCUGAUCCAGCAAGCUGAGCCCAAAAAAUCACAACAACAGUGUGUUCCAAGGUACUAACAAAGUAGCAAGGAGUAAGAGUGAUGUCUGGCCAUACACAAGUUUGUGCCAAUAUUGGAUCAAUAUCGGUAUCGGUCAAUAUUGAAGGCUACAAGUAAAACAGUUGUAUCCAGACACCCCUAGUUUUAUUCAUGCUGUAUUAAUACAAAGGGGCCCAAAGUGUACCAAGAAAAUACCUCCCACGCCAUUAGACCACCACCAGCAGCAGCCUAAACUGUUGAUACAAGGCAGAAUGGAUCCAGUGGAUCAUCAGUGUCUAAAAUACUAACCCUAACCAAAGUCACUUGAACCCUUGUUCUUUCUUCUCUGCUCUGAUGCUCGAUUUGAGCUCCAGAAAGUCGUCUCCAUGCUUAAAUGCAUUGAGUUAUUGCCAUGUGAUUGGCUGAUUAGCAGUUUUGUGUUAACAAAUAUUGAAUAGGUGUAUCUAAUAAAGAUGCUGAUGAGCAUAUAAAUUUAUAUACAUAUCAAGGCUGCCAAGUUUCACAGUGACAAGAGUGAGACUUCAGUGUUAUGAUGUGUUUGGCCACCGUAAAAAAUUUGCCUUUUUUAAUGUUGAUUUAAACUUUAAGACUGAUGUCCUCACCUCCAUGCCAGCUGCUCUCCCUGCACCAUGGCCUCCUAAUGCUAGACUUAAUCAACCAGAAAUCAGAAAGAGGGUUUUAAAUAUUGGCGCUGUUGCAAGGGAAAGAUAGAUAGAGAUGACAAGACCUGGCUUACGUUGCUUCUGAUUUAUAUUACGUGGUACCUUCUGUGGUUGGUUAGAUUUAGGCAUGAAGGACUGAUGGAUUAGUCUGGGAUUGGUUAUCUCGGUCAGUCAAUCAGAGAAUGGGGAAAUAUAAGCGUGAGAAAUGUCAAGUGUGGCGUGUGGUUUGAGAAUGGGUCAAAUUGCGUGACUGUCACACUGAAAGCUCGACGCUUGGCAGUUCUGAUAUAUAGGGAUUAAUCUAGGACAAAACCCUGAUCCUCCCCCACAGUUCCAAAAAAUUUCCCUCCUUGUCAAUACGUGGAGAGAAUCAAUUACUGUUCAAAUUAGCAAAAACUGCCAAAUAUGUUUAACAUCCCACUGUGAACUGUUCACUUCUAAGUCCCUGAGAGUUUUUUAAGUCUUGACUGAUUGAAAAUCUCUAAUCCAGCCAUCUGUUCCACCUCCACCUCUCCUUUUCUCUCUCUUUGAGAUCCUUCUGCUUGUUUUGGUGCUUUUUUUUCCUGAUGUCAGAAGCUCCAAAUGUUUGCUGACCAUUAGCUGUGGUUGGUGCCUCCAAAUCUCUGUAUGUCUGUCUGUCUGAAGUCUGGUUGGGUCUGCCGACUGUGUGAACUCAUCUCUAAAUUAAACAGCAUCCAGAGGCUAAUGUGGAGAUUUGACUCUGGAGGUUUCACACUGUGAGGGGAGGCUCCUCAUGAGGGGGGGAGCUGUAGAGGAAGAGCUGCUGCUGAACUUAAAGAGAGAAGUGUGAGUGGAUGUGUAAAGCAGAGAGUUAGUCCUCAUCAUUUGGGACACUGAUUACUCGGGUUAACGACACAGUCAGAGGACCAUCAGUGCCUGUGACACCCUAUUUAAAAACCAUCUGGACUCACUUGCUCCAAUUUGAGUCAAAAUUUGUUCUCCUAGGAGUCUUUACUCCAACCAGUCUGACUUGUACUUCCCUGGGAUAUCAUUAUCUCUAAAUUAAUGUUUAAAAAAGAUGCUGCUAGCAAAACCAGAGCUCGCUCGAGAAUCAUCACACUUUUAAUCUUGCGCUCAGUACGGGGUAGAGUUUUUCUCUGUCGGCCAAUUUUGCUGCCAACAUUACAGCGAUGAAGGAAAACUCUCGGACGUGAGCUUGAGAAGCCGUAGAUAUACCUAAUACCUCCAUUUAUGAGCAACAGCAAAUCAAACUGAGGCUAUAAAACAUUAUCAUAUACCAGUGUGUCCCUCUUUUGUGUAAUCAUCUGAUUUGUUGUUAUAACUUCACUCAUAUCUCCUGACUGAUGGAGGAAAAUCCUUUAGUCUCAUUGACACAGUUCUACUUCAGUGUGCAGCGAAAAAUGAGUAUAUGCUAAUGUCACAUGACUUAUGGGUUCAUCGUAGGGGGCGCUCGUGGUUCUUCAUGCUGGUUGUCAAAAUUAAGAUGCAGGAGCAACGAGAGCUGCAGAAACCAAAAUCAGGGAUGCACUGAUCCACAUUUUUUCACAUCUGAACCGAUCUCGAUUCCUGAAUUUGGAUAUCUGCCGAUACCGAUACUAUUCCGAUAUCAGAGGUCUGUUAGCUUUACCAUCAAUAUUAUCAUUAUUGUUUAUUUUAUAUGAGGCUGUAAUAAACUCCUCUCUACAGGCAAGUAUAUGGACGUAUGAUCUGUUGCACAGCUUACAGCCAGCUAGCAGACUGACCGACAAGAAUCACAUGUACAGUCCUUUCAGCAGACAAAGUUAAAGCAAAAACAUGGCUUGUGGAUCGGAAAUUUUUGCAGGUUGGAUCAGACAUUUCCGAUCCAUGAAUUUGUCAGUAUCCGAACCCAUCCCUAUAAGAAACAUCGGCAUAUACCUCAUUUCAAAAUAAAAGCAUGCUCUACAAAAUUAAAAAUUAACUAGCGUGACUGCAAAACAGUCGAAUCGUCAUAAUAGAAGCAUAGAAAACCAGCUGUUUAAAGAGACAGUCUCAUGAGAAAUGGAUGACGCCGCUCCCCUGCCGAGUCUUUUCUUGAUUCAGCUAAUUGUUCCAAGUUUAAACUGUUUUGAGUCUUGGUUUAUUUCACCUCUUUUAACGGCUGUGCUCCCUCUUCUCCUCGGUCUUUAUCUUCUCAGGAGAAAAAAAAUGGCCAGUCAAAACCUCAGGGCGACCAGUUGAUCUCAGGUGAAAACAACGCCGGCAGCAGCAGCGUCGUUGUUGUUGUCAUGGUUUCCUGAGAUGAGGAGCAAUUCAAUUAGAAUCAAAGUCACAAAGAAAGCUCGACUUAACCGUUUAUAUUCAUCCUGGAAACAGAGCAGCAGACCGCCGUCUCAUAAAUCAAAUCUGUAAAGGACAAAGAAAACAGGCGAGCACCCCGCAACUGUAUCCAAAAACUAACCUACCAAGACGAUAGAAACUUUAAACUCGCUGCUCAUGUUUAUUAUCAGAAAGACCUCAAAUGAAGGAAACUUUUAUACUUUUUGAAUAUUUAUGUAUAAAGUUUUUCAUCCGUUAGUUUUCUCUCUCAUGUGCAGGCACAGGUGUAGGAAAAGAUGAGAGAACAUUGCAUAUGUAAGUUCCUGAGUUUCAGCUGUUGAUUAUUCGCACUUUGAAGGUGUGAAGAGGUACAGUAGGCAUUGUAAUAAGAUCCUCAUUGUGCUGCUGCUCAUCAGCUUCUGUAUAUUUUUAAUUAUCAGUUAAUCCCAGCGUGAUAAACUCUCACUGAAUAAGUAAAACUGGAAACAUGCAGAGGAGGCUUCAUACUGAAUGUAGCCACAGUAUUAGUCAAAGUAUCAACAAGCUGAAACUAUUACGUAACCAACAAAAAAUCUUCAAGUUUACAUAACUGGAGGUUUUCACAUUUAACGCUUCUUGAAUCUUCUUGUAUUAUCUGACAUUUUCCCCCCGUUAGAUUCUUAGAUUGCAGCUUUCUUUCAUUUAAUGGUUGAGUCACGGUGUAAUGAACACAAGAAGACCCGAAUGAUUAAAACAACAGUUAUGUCAUGAGGGAGAAUAAAUGGAGUGCAGGGAGGCACAGUCUGUCUGUGCGCUCGGUUAUAAUGAGCUGUAAAAAAAAUUCCUUCAGGUUCAGCUUGUUUUUGCAAUUUAUCACUUUCUGGACAGGGUUGUUAUUCCUGAUCUAUCUUCUCCGGAGCUAUAGUCUCAUCUGUUUCCACCUGUCGCUGCUUUCUCUUGUUAAUUUUGGGGCUGUUGUCUUCUUAUUAAAACCAAGGAAGUACUACUUAAAGUUCAGACUUGGCUUUCAUUUUUAUCAGGCUUAUCAGAUCCCCAGCCUCCUCCACUUCUCCUCUGCGGUCCACUACCUCAAAUGUAUCUGUAGGUUUUACUUAUCGUCCGCCGUCUGAACCGAGCGGAGAAAAGAGCAUAAAAACCAACAGAUCAAGGCGGUCUCACAUGGUGGAUCUAAACCGCAGGAGGCCCAGCGGGGGUCAUGCUGAGUGGCUGCAUUAAUGAGUUUUUGAAGGAGUCAUUCAGCCUAAUUAAGACACCAGCCAGCCACCGUAGCUGUGCCUGGUUACCUCAGAGAGCUGACAUGGCUCCAUCACAUUACUAACCAUCUCACCUCCUGCCCCCUCCGCUCCCCUGCUUUCAUCUUUUGCAUAACCACUCUCCUUCAUCUCUCUGAUUGCCGUGGACAGCUCUGAAGAUGUUCGGCUGAUUAUAGUGUCUUUCUACUGAGCUAUUUGUCAUUUUAAAGGAGGUGGUUUUCUUUAGGCCCUAAAAUAAGACGGUAAUUUCAGAGUAUCUAAGGGAACAGCAUGUGAAAGGCGAAUGUUUUAAUGGCUGUAAUUUGUAAUUCUUUAAUAUUAACACACGUGAUGUAUCUUUGAUGUCUAUCUGAGAGAGUGUAUUUCAUACUUUGUCACUAGCUGUACCAGAAUGUAUUGAUAUUCGUAAGUGAUGCACCGAAAUGGAAAUUCUUGACUGAAACCAAAAACUGAAAAUGAGGGAACCAAAGCCGAAAACCAAAACACAGAAAGAAAUUAUUGUACCAAUUAUUAAAACCUUUGCAUUUAUGGCUAUUUCUGUGUACUAACCUCACUAAAAUCAAGGCAUUGUGAUUUUAUAUAUUUAUAUUAAAUGAAUAUCAAUCAAUAUAAGAUAUUAAAUUAAUAUUCACUUGAGUUUCGAGUUUUUGAGUCUGUGUUUGUUGUUGGAUGUUCUGUGUUGUUUACAACUUUAGAUGGCGCCCUUGAGUGGGAGGGAUUUUUACUGUUAUGUGCCGUGUUCUUCUCAAAUUUACAUUGACGAUUUGGAUAUUUGGAAAUAUUAUUAUUAGCAUUACACCCUAUGCUAAUUGCUAUCUGUGGUUCUCAGAUAUAUUGAAAUAGGUUUUUCGUUUGCGUCUGCCCAAAAACCGAAUAUGCACUUUUGCACUGAAAAUUUUCGUUGCAUGCCUAAUAAUUGUGCAAAAAAAAAAUAAGCACAAUAACACAAAGGAAAUACUCUAAUAAUACUCUAAUAAUAAUUAGCAGGGGGUGUUAGUGGUUCUUUUACUGCCUGCCACCCUUGUGGGGAAAACGAAGAAGCAGAAGGAGACAUUUAUUCAUACUACCCUUGCGUCUGAAAAGAUCCAGUCGUUUUUGUUUCAGCCCUCAUACUCCAUGCUAUCUAUUUGCAACACUGCCCCCUAUGGUAUAUGAUGGUACUGCAGCUUUUGGUCUGUGUAGCUGCAAGCUUGCAGAGAAUGUGCAGAGAUGGACCUUAGAGGCUUUGUCCAACUGAGCCUGAACCAGCCAGUGUGUAGUAUCUGUAUCGGAGGAGAUGAUAGAUGAAAGCGAAGGGCUUAAACCCCGCCCAAAAACUGUUCCCUCACCACUUUUGGAGAUGUAUAGAUUUUGUAUCAUAGACAAUAAGUCUGUGGACAACCUGUAAGUCAGUGCACAUGCAAAAAAAGAAAGAAGUUCAUAUUUUAUAACUUUGAACCUCAUCAGAAAAAGCCCAUGUGUGUUUCCCUGUCAUAUUUUCCGGUUCUCCUAAGUGUCAGAAAUCGUGAGUGCCAGUGUGGCCAAGUAAAAAAAGUCAAUUUCGAGCCCUGUAAUUCUGCUCUUAAACGUACACGGACUGCUGAUGUUGUGACUUUCUCUCGGUGAAUCAGGAUUCCUUUAGUUCAUUAUUGGAGAUGGGUCCCCCUGAGCACGACACACAGACACACACACACAUACACACACACACACACACACACACGCUCAGGGAGUCUGAGAAAAUCAUUGAGAGUUAAAGAGUGUCUCAGGUGCUUCAAAGGUGGAUUGAUCAGACAGGCUCAGAGUUUUCCUCAGACUCCAUUGACCUUAUCGAUCUGCUGUUAUCCUCUCUGCAGGACCAGCUUGUGCCGUUCAUUACUGUGCCUUUGUUUACUGGGGGGACCUCUUUAUAAGACACUUUAGAUAGCUGCUGAAAACUGCUGCUGCAUCAACAGAGAGCAAACCUGCUCUUUGGCCGGAGGGUUAAAUGUCAAGCUAAUGGGCUUAGGUGAAGUUACAUGAAGGGAGUGACCGCCCAGGCUGUAGUCUGGGCUUCAGUGACUCUAUAAAGCAAGGGGGGCGAGUGAGGAGGUUUUUCUCCUACCUGUGCUCAUGUGGAGUUGAUGGAACGGAGGCUGACAGCGAGCAUGUGAGCGUCGAUGCUGACACGUCCACUGUUAGCACCCAGAAUGUGUUUCCUUAAAAAGCAUAAUUUAAGACACUCAAAGGAGGCUGUGCGGGGAAAAUGUGCUCAGAGGUGUUUAUGGCUGUUCCACAAACCUGAUACGGUCAUUUUUAUACAGUUAUUAAUGAAAAUGUAAUCAUGAAGAUGGAGAUUAAUAUUCAAAAAUUUGAAAGAGAGAAAAACUAAAAAAAAAGAAAAGCACAAGGGCCUGUGUCCACUGAUGGCAUUUUUUUGCACUAGUAGCAUUCACAACCUGGACUUUAGGAAAUUUCAUAACAUUUCAAAAAACGACAAAUUUCAUUACACGCUUGUUGCUUUGUCACAAAAGUUGUUCUGCAGCACUGUCUCUCGUCUUAGUCAAGACCAUAAAUCUGCUUUUAUUUAUCCAAACUUUACAAAGAAAAUUAUAUGUCAAAAUCAGUGGGUAGAAAUCACACAGUAGCUCUGGAUACAAAAAUCAAACCCUUUAAAAAACAGCUGACCUUUGGGUAUUUUUGUGUAGAUCAGCCCUAAAAACGCUGAACUGUGUGGAUUUGUUGGGAAAAUGCGCAAAGAAUGCGGUCAGUGGAAACAGGCCCUUACUGUGUUACUUAGUAUUAAUUCAAAAUGUCAACUCUGUGCUUGUCAUUUGGAAAUCAUUAGAAAUCCUCAGGAUUUCAAACUAUGUCCUAAAAUUAUAAACAGAUUUUAAAGUUACAGUAUGUUAAAUUUACAGAUGUCAGAUCAAACAGACUUGGUAGAAACGGGAGGAAUCAGCAGGUUUCCUCCCACGAGGCCACCAUCUUGAACUACCAUCAUGUCUCUACAGUAGCACAGAAUGGACAAACUAGUGAGACUGGUUCAGCAAAAUGAACUUGUGUAGAGACAAAAAAAGAUGUAAAAACUUAAUAAAUCCCUCUCGGCUCCAAACACAGAGGAGCAAGAGGAAAACACGACAGAUGGCUUAUAGACAAACAAAUUAUAAAAACAUGCGUUGGAGGUUUUCUACAAGCAACACUCGACUCCCUGACUUUGUGGAAGCAGCUGUAUGUAGCUUUUCCCAAAGACACAAAACAAUGAAACAUGAUUAUUGCUCUGUGUCCGUCUGCGUUAGUUAAUUUUUUCCAAAUCUAUUUCAAACACACGGGUCCACAUGACAAUAAAAAACAUAAUUGAUAUAAUAAACUCCAAAAGAUAACCCCCGGCGCACAGAGGGAUCUUUUACCUUGAUUAUAAAAGAUGCUUUCACAGCCGGAUCCUUUCACAGAGCACUAUAGUCACUGACCUCCUCUUACUGAGGCUAUAUUGCCUGAUCCACAGAAACUGUAACACAAUUCAGAUUCGACAUAGCAACAGUUGCCAAAGGGCCUGAGACUAAUGAUAACUUGCAGCCUUUAUACACAUAAAGCAGAGAAGGAGUCACAUUUACUGAGCUGAGUUUGUGUGGAUAAGAAUAACCUCUUUGUCAGGCAGAGAUGGAGGAAGAAGUUGAUUAUUUUUACGGCUGUUUUUGCUGAUUUAAAGUCCGACCAAAACCGUUUAUCAUUCAGUAUCAUUCUUUCAGCUCUGUUUUAUCACCUGAGUUAAAUGCAUGGUGAUUUCUGCACCUCCCAAUGAGACUUCUGAACCUGUCAAAACAGGUAUUUUAGUCCAGGUAGGUUUUUUAGAGGAAUAGAGGCUUCUUGAGCGGUAAUAGACCCAAGAAAGUGGGUUUGAUCGCAGCUCUAGAGGCUCUGGAGUUUAAAUACUGAGCAUUGAACACAGAGAGAGAAAGCACUGAAUGCGUAUGACAGUAGGAGGACGUUUGAUUGUGAAGAACUUCUUUUUCUCAUUAUGUGGGUAUGAAUUGAAACCGAAGGCUCCCUGCGAUUUCUCUCCUUUUUAAUCCCUGUGCAUUAGACCCUUUUAGGCAUUAAUUAGCUGGAUUUGCCCGGAGAAAAACCAACAUUCCUGUCACGUUGCAAACAGGCUUAGGUUUCCCCUUCUUUUACUCGCGCUGCAUCUCAUUGUGUCAGGAUGGGAACCCACUUCUCGUCCUGGAUUGCCGGCCUGCAUUGAGGAGCUUCCAUAAGAAGUGGAUCAAGCUGUGGAGCCCCUGUAUGGAUUAUAAAACUCCACAAUUACAGAUCAGAGUAGGCGGGCAGAUGGUCGUAUAUAUAAACAUAAUGUGAGCUUUGAAUGCAUCACCUUUUAAAUGUAUUUAUCGUGAUGAAAUCCCAGCUGCAGAAACCCACCAGGAAAGCAAUGUUCCCUUUUUCUUUUCUCGAACACAUCUUGGAAAUUUCAUCUCGAUUGCUCUCGCAGAUGGAGGUCCCCCCACCUCCUCCUCCUCACACACAGGUAUUUAAAGCUCCAGCUGCCAUGUUUAGGAGGCUGUGAUGUAACUGGUGGGAUUUCAAAUGUAAUUCUGGUGUCGAGGAGGGACCGCUCUCGUAAAUGUUUGAUGAACGACGAAGCACUCUGCUCGGACCGCACAGGGCUGCCCGCGGUGGAGAGGGCUUUUAUAGGAGUCGCCCAUCCUUGGGAGGGCCAGGUGGAAGCCCUUGGGUGCUUAUGAAUCACAGGCAGGGUUACCGUAUCUGUAUGAGAGUGUGGCGCUCUGCCUUUCAAACAAGCUUACACUCUUUUCUUCUUCCUCCUCUUGGACCUCGCUCCACGCCUGCACUCACACUCCUCUGGGAGCCAGCAGAUUACAGUAUUGCCUUUUAUUAGACAUUGAUCCCAUUUGGCAGGUGAAGUCGCCCACUUCUCACUCCUACACAAUCUCCCCGACUCUCCAGUCGUCACAAACACAGCCCUGAUAUGACUAGGCCUGAUUCCAUCGCUUAUUAUCAUUUAUUUAAGGUCUCAAAGCCGGAGAAAGGGCCAGUAGGCGUUCCCUGACAGCAAGAGCAGCAGAGCGUGGCGUUUUACCAUCUGGGCCUCGCUGGGAUCAGCACAACACGAGUGCCUGAUCUAGAUACAUCACUAGCCAUCAACGGCUUCAAAACACUCGCAGCUUGUCAUACAGGACAGGACGGGCGACAGAACGCUCGCCCCUCAGCUGCCAUGAUAGCGAGGGCCUCUCUCCUCUGCUCUCCCUCUACAUCUCUGUCAGCUGAGCACAGCGCAGACGUCCUGCUGUUGCAGCUUAAAGUGGUGCAUUACACCAAAUCUCUCUUUUAAGAGUCAAAAUCACACUUUGUAAGCUAGCAGAGCUGCUGUAAGGCGGUCAGCUCGAAUCCACGUCAGCCGGGAGUUUCUGGAUACGACAGUGGAGGCAGUGAAGAAAAGAGGCUCAGGGAAACUGCUGCAGAAAAUUUUUGCAACCUGUGUGUGUAGCCUGGCUUGUCAGAUGAUUAGAGGUGUGUUUUCCGGACAAAAAUAGCUGUUUCCAUCUGAUGCUGAUGUCUUGAGCUUGUGGUUUAUUUUGGAGCCAAGACAUUUGCAGAAAUCCUUCGCCUGAUGAUGAAAAAUCAACGUCACGCCCCUCCUGCUCUUCAAAACACGCAAUCAUCUCCAACCCUAAAUUUCUACCGCUUGCAGGAUGGCGGCGAAAAGGCCGUCCACACUGAUGAUUUCCAUUCAAGUUGAUGUGUCAAAUUCCACUGGCUUCUCUCUGGCCCCCUGCGGUUCAACGGGCUUCAUAGCCGAUCGCCAGGGUUCUUUUUCCGGACACCGCAGCAUGCUGCAGAAAUUCAGCACAGAUUAGACCGUGCUGGAAAGGAAGUCGUGCACAGACACAAAAUAAAACAUCUGGCUUCUUUUCAAAAUAAAAGACUACGUGUUUCAGGCAGAUUGUAUUUCACACCAUCCAAAAGUGAAGAGAAAUAUUUAGCAGUAGGUGUUAUCAUCUGUCUUUUUUAUGUUUAUUUUGCGCAAAUGAUGAAUGUAUGAAUAUCGCUCUCUGGUGUGGUUUGAAGUUAUACCAUUCACAUGAUGAUCUCAUAUUAAGAAAGGUAAAAGGUAGAGUUACUUCAGCUUACAAAAGAUAAACAAAUCCUCCAUCAAUCAAACUCAGUCAAGAGAAGUUUCUGUGUAGGAAAUCUUCGUUAAACAGAGUCACACUGUCUUUGUGUUUAUCAUCUUUGCAGAGCACCGUAUGAGUGUGAUCUGGUGCAACACACACACACACAGUCUGCAGAGUCUUAAAACUCUUUAAAAGUGAGCCUAGAGUUUUCACACUUCAUAAUACUGCAGAUACCUUACCUAUGGUCUGACACCACAACCCUGUCAGGGUUUGUGAAUAUCAUCCUGAUCCCAGCACAUCCCGAUGGUGAUCUAGUGUGCAAUUUAAGCGUCUAAUUUGGUGGAGAUGGAGUUUAAGACCUGAACUGAAGCCCUGAAAUUUUUGUCUUGAACCUCAGCCCCUUAAAAAAAUAACACUUUCCUGAGUAUCUCAAACUUCUGCAUAUUGAACAGCUGUAAAACUCCUUAUACUCUGCUUCACAUCGAGUUCCUGUUAUCUGCAGAGAGAAGUAGAAAAUAUCCUCCAAUCUUAAAUGUUUCAUUGUGUCAGUGUCUUAAAUGUAGGGUGUGUUUGUCAGCUACAACAGCCUCUGUCAGAAUUAUCCUGAGGUAAAUAUAUAACCCAUUUGCAUCAUAAAAAGUGGAAUUUGUGGAAAAAGAGGAGAGGAAAUAUCUGGAACAGUUUCAUUAUUUAGGAAAAACCAUGAUUUUUUAAUUGUCUUUUGCAAGUUCUCAGACUGUUGGAAUAUUCUCAGAGUUAUUUAGUGGUGUUUAAUACCAGCCUCUCUACUUAAAGGCUGACAUUGUUGUCGUAAAGAUAAGCUGUACUGUAGAUUUGAAUGACUGUGCAGGUGUUUCCGGUUAUCGUGCCACUUAAAUGAUCCGAUUGGAUAUAGUCGUGAAAUGCCUCCAGCUGCUCAGUAGAUUUUGGGGUAACAUGUCUGAUGCUCUGUCUGAUGCUCUCAUAUUAUUCAGUCCUCCCAGGUUCGCUCCAUGAAAGCUUUAUGGGGUUUUAAUGUAAGACUUGGCAGGAGUACAAGCUGAGUGGGUGAGUGAAGGGUUCACUCCAUCUCCUCUGGGUGUUGUCAGCCUCCUGGCUGCCUCCCCCCAGAGACCUCGACUCUUUAAGACGAAUGGCACACGGAGGGAGGCCCACCGCUGACGUAGCACUCCAGGUCUCCCUUCCCCGAACUCAUGCUGCUCCUCUGUUUCUUUCUCGUCACGUCUCGGGCAGCUGCGACGUGUCGUUCCUCUGUGCAUUUUUAAUUCCUCCAGAGCUGUUUAGCUGCAAAGUACCUUGGUAGUGCCGAGCAUCUGUUCUAUGAUGGGACUCUUUGGUGCGUUUAUCCCGCCCCUCAUGCAAAGAGCUAAGACUGGAGUGUCAUGUAAAUUUGAUGGCGGCCUCCGCCGUUGUUGUUGCAGGCAUCCAGGGAGUUGAAAAAAAGUGAAAAAUAGGUCCUCUCUGCUGCUGUUUUCUCUCUGUCUGAAAUAUAAAUGGGCUCCAUUUUAAGAUGGAUUUUAUAGUCUUUUUAAUGUAGCUGCCUUGAUGACAGGAUGAAAUGGCUUUUGUUCAUCAACUCAGGGGAGGAUUAUGGUGGAACAAGUUGUCAGGGUGAGAGAGGGAGCUAAUUAGGCGAGUUUUAGUGAUGCAAUAAGCACCCUGCUCCACUUUCUUUGUUAAAGUCGGGAAGCUGUGCAAUUAAAUCUAACGCCAGCGUGUGUCUUUGUUUUCUUGUUCUCCAGAAACCUGCUGGAUAGAGACACCUUCUCCAAGUCUGAUCCAAGUAAGCUUGUCUCCCAUCACACACACACAAACACACACACACACAUACAUACACACAGGCUCCCAGAGGGCCAGACAUACAUACAAGCACACAUGCACACAAAAACACGCAGAUACGUUUAUGUGUAAUUCUGCGGACAAACAGAAAUUAUCUACCAACGUUCGCCACAUGCAGGCAGGUUUUAGCUGUACAAAGACAGGCUUGAUUUCCCCACACAUGGACACACACACACACACACGCACGCACAUACAUGCGCGCCCUGCCUUGCCUGUGUGAAUCAGUAGACAUUUGCAUAUGUCAGGGGUCGUAUUCGUCACUGUUCUCUGCUUCCGACGAGAGUGAGGGGAACCACAUCAUCCUCUCACAUGAGCCAGCCUCCCUCCUCCUAGAACGCACACACUUACACGUGCACACUCAAACGCAAACACACACACUCCUCACUCCCUUGACAGCAGGGGUUCAAUUUGGCAACCGGUCCAGUGGUUUUUAAAGGCCCAGCCUGCAAUCCAGCAGACAUUUGGCUUGAUAGAGAAACCCUCAGUGCUGUGGUGACGGUGUGUUUUUGUGAAGAUUCAAACUGAGUCCUCUUUUUGUUAAGCCAACAUGUAAACACCAGGACUGGGUAUUAAACCCUAAUUCCUUUUGGAUGCAGGCUGAAAAGCACAGCGUAUCAAAAACAGACAGAAGCCCCAAAACUGGCUUUUAAUUUGCAAUCUUGUUUACUCCAGCCAGCAUCAGACUAAGCAGUACAAGCCCAGAUAAUGGCUCUGAUCAAACAGGCACGGCACAAUGUGGAUCAAAAAGAUUGUCAGACAAAACCAUUAUCCUCUCGUGUGUCAGAGCGGGAAUCAGCGACGGCCUCCCUGCAGAAAGUUGCAGAAUUGAUGAGCUCUUUCGAACAACUUCUACAGUGUAUUUAAAACAUUAAUUCAUCCCAGCACACCUUAUUAUUCUUUCACUGUUGAGAUGGAGGAGGGGAGAAUUGAUGCUCCUCCUUUUCUUUGUGAGGCUGCAAAAAAAAGAUAACGCUGUACGACUUUAUUCCAGAGUUUGAGUGUUUCGGACACAUGAAAAAAAAAGACACAUGAUGCUGAUUUGAUAUGUCUCACUAGGAAAUUCUUUAUUCUUUAUUCUUUAUUCAUCUGGAUCCCCAUUAGCUGCCACCAAGGUAGCAGCUACUCUUCCUGGGGUCCACAAAUAAAACAAACAAUACAAGAUAAUACAAUACAUAAUUCAAUAAAACAUGUACAGUCUUGCAAAGGUCAUUCAAGACAAUAAAAGUCCAGUAAAAGCAAACCACAAACAAAAAAAACAAAAACAAAAACAAAACAACAAGAAAAAAAACAAGCAGCAAACAAAUUAAACUAAAAUUUAAAAGUCAGUUAAUGCACAAACAUCCUCUAAAAAAAGGACAUUACUUGAAUCAUUUUCUCUCAAAGCCAUCUUAGCUCUAAAACAGACAGUGUGUUUGAUAUAAACCCUGUAAAGGUUUAACAUUGCCGCUCAAUAUCAGUCACCGGCUAAGAUGAGCAUGUAUAUUAGAUUCAUGACUUACAUGAGUAAUUCAAAGAAUGGAUGUAUUUUUCUACCUUAAAGGUACUGUGAGCAUCCUUUGGUUUGUGUUGAUUUUGGCGCCCCCUGUGGACAAAGGGAUAUCUGUCAUGGCUUGCUCUGUACAUGCUGAAGUCGUCUUUUCAAACAAAAAAACUCGUCCUGUCACCUUUGAACAGUAAAAAGUUUCACUAACUAUCAUAGAAAAUACAAUGAAAAGGCUUUUUAUCAAAAUGAUGAAACAUGCAGUAACUUACUGCAUAUUUGUAAAGCAGUUGUAAGAUCACAUUACUUUGUCAAGAUAAUCGUAAUAUAAUUAUCACCAGUGUUGAAAGUGAAACCCACCCGGAGUCACACACAUGCAGGCUCAGGUUUGGAGACUGUGAGGUGGGUCUUUGCUGUCUUUCCUCUGCUUUGUUUUCUGUAACAGCCUGUGACAGUCCUGACUGUUAAAAGCUCUCUAAAAAUAAACAUGAUGGCAGGAAAUACUCUGAGUUAUGAUGAAAAGGUGAAGUGGAAAUAUGUGUUUCUUUUCUCUUUUUCUUUUUUUUUUUUUACCUUUUAUUCAUCCGGGGUUCAGGUAGCAUGCAGCGUUUUUUUUAAAGCACGACCUUGCAAUAUUCCCUAAAUACUCAGCACUUUGCCACCUGGGCGCUGCACGGUGAACCCAGUGGUGUUUUUAGCGCGGGCCGGCGUGUGUGAACCCAUAAUUGAUGAGCUCUCAGAACUGGAGGAUUGGACCUUUAAGUGUCAGACAGUGGGAGAGGAGGAUGAGCAUCCCUGCCCGCCACAACGUUUAUGCAAGGAGGCACUUGUGCUGCGUCCAUGUCUCUGCUCUGCUGACAGCACUGGCCCCAGUCACACAGCAUUAGACCGCCUCAGCAGAGCCGCACACACACACACACUCACAGAAAGCGCACACAUUCCGGGCCCUCGGGCAGGCUCACGCACCAUAUUCAUAUAAGCUUAUAAAGCUGGACAACAAUCCAGUGUUUGUGUUUUCUCCAUGUUUGUGUGUUUUCUAACGGUUGCUCCUGCGGUGCAGAGACGUGGACGUGAGCUUUGAUCAUAGUGCUUCAGCAGAUUGGAAAAGGGCAUUUAGCAGACAGGAGCAGAAUCAAAGUAUGCACUGUCUCUUACAUUCAAAACAGAGGUGGUGUUGGCGCCGCUAUUGUCGAGCUCCCUCCCUUCUCGUCGGCCUGAUGAAUAGCAGGAGAAGAAUAUGCGAAGGGUAGGGGUGGCGAGGAUGCAUCGCUAUUUACAGGCAUGUGAUUGAUGUAUCGCUUUUCCCCCCCCGCACAAUAACGCAGAGACCAUGUGUCAUCCCAUGCUUCAUCGCAAGAUUAAAGGAUGACUGUAUAUCCAGCCAGCUGAGCCCAGGCUCCCCGCACACCAUCCGCACAGCAACAUAUACAGCAUCCAGGCUGACAGCGUGCCAAAACACUGCGAGUUUGAACACUCCUGCCGCCGCACCAGCAGCAGGAUAAUUAGGACGUUUGUUCUCCGUGUUGGUGCUUAAAAACAGCGUGACAUUUACAACACUGCUGCGAGUCAGAAAAACAUCAGUUUCCUGCAAAAUGUUGGAAAUACUGUAUUUUAUCUGGGCUAAAUAUGAGCCAGAGACGAAAAAAGAAACCUCACGGUCAUGGAGGAAAGCUGACAUUUACCGCACAGGCUUGAUGUUCUCUCACUGUCGAAUCUGUGUGAACGAAAUCCAUAAUUAAACCAGUCGUAGCUCAUACAUUAGCUCAGGCAUAAAUUUGCAGUGAAUUAAUUCAGUAAUUACUGGUAAUGCAUGUAAAGGUGGAAAGGGUCUGCCUUCGUAUGCAGAUGUCAUAAGAUCAGCUCAGCCCGUGAAGUUUUACGGCUGCCCCUUCUGACAAGACCUUUAAUUUCAGAGCUUUUAGGGCUGAAAUUAAACGUUUUCACCUCCUGACUCCGCUGACCUUCUGUCCUGUGGAUAAUCUGCAGAACGCUCCCGUUAAACUUCUGCUCUCUAAACUCGCUCAUGAAGUGCCACUCUUGACUUUUUAGUUCAAGCAGUUUCAAGGCGAUGUGAUGGUGAAUUAGACUGUGAUUCUCUGAAAGCACUCAGUAAAAAUCUCAGAUCAUAUGAGAAACCAUAAUGUUAUAAAAAACGACCAUUUCUGCUAAUGAAAGGGGAAGUUACAGUCCUGUCUCACCUGUUGAUGCGGCUCCUUUCCACUCAAGAUUCGUCAUGCCUAAAACUCUUACUAGGAGCUUUAAUGUGCGGUGAGUUUUUCGAGGCAUCCAAAUUGUGAAAUAAUAAUAACAGUGACAGUACUGGUUCAUGUAUGCUGAUGUAUUUAUAUAUUCAGACACAUACCAUCCAAAUACAUCUGCUUUGCCUUGCUCUUAUAGACGUCCACAUGCAUGCCUUCAUACAUUCUUUAUAGCGGGGAGCAGGGAGUGUGUCAUAUGUUUAUAAAAACAUUCAAGCUCGCUGAAAUGCAAAUGUCAUUCCAGCGCCAAAGGAUGCCCUCUCCAAUCCUCGCAAGUGUCAAAACACACCUCCACAUCCCCCUCGCUUGAAUACGCUGCAAUCUAAAUAUACGUAGAUGUUUGAAAAGUAAACACUUUUAAUGCCUACAGAAGAUCGUACUACUGCAGAGAAUAAAUCAACAAAGUGCUGCAUGGUUAUACCAGCCAUUUAUAGGGCAUGACAGGCGUCUAUUUUUAACGCCGGAUACAAGAGAAACCAAACAUUAAUGUGACAGUUAUACUUUUAGUUUUGGUUAUAUAGAUCUUGGAGUUUAUCCGGGUUAAAAAACUAAAAGUGAACACCAUAAGUGGUCCUUGUGUAUCGCCCAGGAUGUUGACAAAAAAUUGGAACAAGCCAAAAAAAAAAAAAAAGAAAUCCACGCCUUGAAACCCAUUUUGUUCAGUCAAGCUUUUGCAGUUUUGUGACACUUAGAUUCAGACUCUACAUGCACAGCGGUCAUCUCUGUGUGUGUUCAUCUCUGGGGCUGCAUUAAAGUGAUAUAUGGCAGAUGAAUCAUAGAAAACAAGAAAGCGAUGAUGGCAGGAAUUGGUUCGUAACAUGCGACUGAAAAAAGCAUGUCCUGUGAUGCAUGAGCACGUUGUAAUGAGUUUUUUGCAUCUUUCAGCCUUUGUAUCCUGUAGAAUUGCACCUGUUGCACCAACUGUUGACUUGCAGCAGCCUCUGUUCAUUCAGUACACCUCACUUUAGGAAUUCAUCUCCUUCCAUUCAACACAAUUGAUUGAAUUUACAUAGCUGUCAGAAGUCAUGCUCAACAAGCAGCAUUCUCAGGGGUGUGCAGGAUUAGACUGCAUUUUUCCAUCAGCAGUCCUCUGAUCAGAAAGGCACCAAAACAAUAAAACAAACACGAUACGACAGGUGUGAUUCAGGAGCCUUAUUAAAGACAAACGUUGGGUGCUGUAAGAAUCAAACCCACUAACUUCUGCAGCCGCUGAGCUUAAUAAUCAUACAGUUUAACCCCCUGGAUGCUUUUUCAAAAAUGCAUGUUGGCUUAAGCUUGCAGAUUUACAUCAAAUUGGAUUUUCUUGGGUAUUUAUUGCUCUCGUGCGGUCGUACAGAACAAGGACAGGUGGAGGUUGUUGUUGAGGCUCUUUAGGAGUAAACCAUUAUUGUUGUUGAGGAUGGAAACAGCUCUGCACUUGCACUUACCCUCUAAUGCAUGUUAGUUUAAGGUGUGCCAGUUAAUUUUUGCAUAUUAACAGGCUGAUGUCAACCUCAUAUUACAGAAGGCAUAAAACUUUACACUUGUCACUUUUAAAGGAAUAUUCUGGCGUAAUAUUUAAGUCAGGGGUCAAACACAUUGUAUCACCGAGUUAGACAACCCCUUGAGAGAUGAAUGUUGCCGACAGCUUUCUUCUCUAUUUAUACCAACUUUUGUAGCGACCGCGCGAUAGCAGUACACAGCGGUCGACGUCUCCAUGCGCAAACCUCAACCAAAAAGCCACUCUAUAGUCAUAAAUAAUGCUCAGAACAGCACCUAACUUCAUCAACAGUACAUGUAGGGUCCCAGCUAUAGUAUUAGCCAUCAAACAUCAUUUUAGCUUUGCCUGGUUUCUUUAGCAAAGGGACCAAACACAACUCACCCACUCUCCUCCAGCAGCCGCUUGUUUGUGGGGGAGUCCUGACGAGUCGAUCACUGAGUGCAGCGGAGUUUCACAGCUCAAGGAAGAACAUUUAUGAUUAUUACUUCUUUAAAUUGCAAUCAGAGUUCUUGUCUUGAAUGUGCACUGCAGACACGGUAGUUCUUCUGCCUUAGCGUCUCGAUCUGAUUGCAUUUCCAUGAAGUAACGAUCAUAAUUUUUCCGCUGCUGUCGUUACUUAAGUUGGUAUAACUAAAGAAGCAAGCAGUCGUCAACAUUCAUAUCUAUUGGUGGUGUCUAACUCUAUCUUAAAUUUACGCCUGUAUAUCCCUUUAAGACUACAUUUUUAAAAUUGACAAUGACGAUAAAAAGUCAGAGACCCGAAUAAAGACAGGUUAAUAAGUCACCUUUUACUUAAUGCUCCAUCCCUGCAGACCUGCAUGUGUUUUCCACUUGUCUACUUUUAUCCUUACAGUACAGCAUCUGCAGUAAACAGUGUGACCUUUACUUCAUUAGUUUGUCUCAUUAAGGCAAACAGCAAAACCUAAGGAUGUGGUUUUUCACACACUAACAAUAACACAUGUAAAGCGAAGCACACUUAUGGCCUGAAUAUGUUCUGCUGGUUGUAUUUCCACCAUGUUGUUUUCCUCUUAUAUUAGCAUUUCCUCUAUUCCUACCUCUCCUCAGGUUUUGCUCAUGUAAACAUUUUAACGGAUUUCCAAGUGUCUCAUCCCAGGGGUUCUCAGAGCUGCGAGCCGCUGCCAUGUGACAGAUGUGUGUGAGAGUACAGUAAAGGCGGCUCGAAAGCAAAUUAAAUGUCAUCUUAGUGCCAGCUGAUUGCCUUGCUGUGUUUGACUCAUGGUCCGUCAUCAAAAAACACUCCAAGACUCCCUGGAACGGAGAUGCUCGAAUGUCAAUAAGGAGGACGUUCCUCCACCCACGCAGACACUCACUCGCCCCCUCCUUCCCUCCCUCUCUGAAAUAUCAUCACGCUGCAAGGCAAAGUUCUAGUGACAUUUAAUUAGGGAUUUUUCCUCUCAUGACGGAGUCCAGGGAAAGAGCACACUCUCUCAGCUGACUUAUCAGCGCUGUAUAUUCAGUUAAAUACUCUUCAAUCAAUCUAACCCCACUCCUGUUUCCCUCUCUCUUCUGCUUCUUAUUCAACAGUUUGUGUGCUGUACACUCAAGGAAUAGCCAACAGGGAGUGGAGAGAGGUGAGUACGAGGGGUGGGCGGGGGGAAAUAAUAUUUAACCAGCGGCUGUUUCCAGGGAGCUUAAAUGGCAGCAAUGCAGCAUUUCAGCGAGAGUGAAGGAACACAAUUAGGCUUUUGGAGGCUGCUCCACGAGCCAGCUCACAAUAUGUGUUUUAUGAUAAGACUACGCUGAGUCAUGUGGUUUCCUCUCCUCUGAAAUGUAAGGUGAAGCCUGGUGGAUCAGUGCGCUGCUUUGGAUUUAUCACAUUUAACAUUCACUCUUGUUCUUUGUUUGCUCAUUGUGUGGUGUGGAAUUAAACAGUCAUGUGCAGGCUCGUAUUGGAAGAUGUAGAAUAUAAAACGGCAGCGCAGUGUAGUCCCUCUUAUGAGGAAAAAAAGGAUUAGGCCAUGUAGGUGCAGGUCUGAACAUAAGAUCUGGGCCUAACUAACAAGGAAGUGGUUUAUUUUAGCUGUAUUCUUUUAUUUUAAUUACUUUUAUGAACCUUUGCUCAUCCGACAGUCGGCAUGUGUCACAAAAUCAAUUUACUACGACUUAGGGAUGGUCGAUAAAUUAUCAUUCACGGUUUAUCGUCGGAAAAAUCCUCCAUGAUAAAUAUUUGCCAUCUCAUGAUAACUACAAUAAAUGCAAGUUGAUGACGUAAGGGCAAGCCAUAGCCCACACAGAGCAGAAUAACAAACAAACAUGGCCGAAGGUAAUGAAGAAGACGUUCCUGAGCAGCUCGUUCCUGAAUGAGUCUCAAAGGUUUUCACAUUUAAGACUUUGAUGUCAUUAGUUUUCUUCAUAACCCACCACUUAAACUUGUGGUUAAGUAUCUUAUUUGACUUCUCCAACUGGUGUACUCAAGACAAAACAAAUCAAAAAUAUAGAUUGGAAUUAUAAUAUCACCUUUCACUACUACGGCUACAUUUGUGCAGACUGAAGCAGUGUUAGACCCAAGUAUAAGAGACAGCUGCAGAUACAUUUUAGAUAAUGACAGACCUUAAAGAUGAUAUUAAUGUAGCUUUAUUGUGUCUGUUUUUAUUAGGAUUGUGUAGUUAUUAAAUAAGUGAUUGCUUUGAAAUUGGGCUGUAUUUGCAGUAUGUCAAUCCCUAAUGAAGUAGGGCUGGGCAAUAUGGCCUCAAAUCAAUAUCACAAUAUAUUGAGCAGUUAAUCUCGAUUAACGAUAAAUGGAUGAUAACUGCUCAAAAAGCUGCUCACCCCCUCCCACAUUAACUUCAUCUACUUCAGUUGUCCUCCAUCUCCUCACCUGUCUUUCCCUCUGGAUGAGGUGGAGUAAUGUCUCCGACGUAGGACAGCGUCUUAAAGGGACACGAAACCAUAGCCUACCUACACACAUCCAAAACCAAAUUUUAUUUAUUUUAUUUUAUUUGACACAGAAAAUAUUGACAUGGGCAAAAUGACGUUAGUUAAAUUUCGGUACUGAUAAAUUUCGGUUUAUCGCCCAGCCCUACAAUGAAGUCAUCCUAAUCUUUAGCAUUGAAUCAUGAUGAAAAGAAUGAGACUUUAGUGGCACAAUGUCUACCUGUCAAAGUAUAAGACAUUGAUUUUAUGAAAAUAUUCAGUUAAAACAGACUCAGUGUGAUAUUAGAAAUAGAAAACCAUUUCUGGAAGAUUGUGUAUUUGCUGAAAUCUUAGUCUUAAUCUUAAUAUUAUUACUGAAUGUAAAUCUGUAUGAGAUCGCCAUCCGUCAUUAGCGAUUCAGAGGAUCUCUGAGGGGGGUCUAUGUGCAGGCUGUGAGAGCGGGGCGGACUGUAUGACAAUGACAUUUGGUCCUGCAGCAUGCAUACAUGAUCCCUCGUCUCUCUCUUCCCUUGAUUACCUGACACACGCUAUUUAAGAGACAGUUCUGUGCAGCUUGUUACUGCUGCUGUUAUUCUUCAGUUUUGAAUCACCUAACAAGCCUUGUUAAUGUUCCAGGGUUUCAGGAUUAUCGAGUUGUGUUAUUUGGGCAUCUCUAUAAAACAUCCUGUCAAAAAUAGAGCACAAGGAAGAGAAAGUGUUGUGAGACAUGCUGUUGUGGGGACAGAGAGUUCAUUCUUUAUCUGUACAGAGUUUGUUGUCACUAAUCAAACGUCACCUUCUUCGUGUCUGUUCUAGUUUGGCAGGACAGAAGUCAUAGACAACACCCUCAACCCCGAUUUUGUCCGCAAAUUCAUCCUGGACUACUUCUUCGAGGAGAGACAGAAUCUACGCUUUGACCUGUGAGUUAACAACUGACUUAUGCAUGGUGGCGGCGGUGGUGUGUGUGUGUGUGUGUGUGUGGGUAAUGGGUGAGAGUGGUGCUCGGUGUGGAGCAAAGUCAAAUAUUCAGACUGAAAUAUUCAUGGUCUGUGCAGGGGGAGAUGUAAGUCUUCUCCCUUUUAAAUAAAAGACAAGUCUUCAUGCCACUUUUUCAAACAUCAUUUCCGUUUGAUUUCAUCCCAUUCAUACAACGCUUCAAGAAAAAAAAAACACGACCAGGUGCAAACUGUGAAUCAUUCGCUUGGCAUUUGGUCAUGACUGGGAUCUAUCUGCGGGCCUUUCACUGUGACACUGAGUAAAAAAGUUGCUCCUCAGUAACAUGUGAGUGGGAUUAUGGUUUUUUAAAAAUUGAACCGUGUUUCAGGAUGUAGUUCGACGCAGACAAAAAGCCCUCGUGAAAGUUACAAAUGACCUCUUUGGAACAGCUGAUGCAGGAGAUUGCUCGUUCUUAAUUCUUUCCGAACUAAGUGCGGCUUUUGACACAGUUGAUCAUACAUUUUUAAUUGACUGCCUUAAGCACUGGGUGGGUAUCUCUGGGUCAGCGCGGAGCUCCUUGAGACCUCCCUGCUCAAAUAGAAACCUGCCCUGUUAAAACAGGAGAGUCUUAAGCCACCACAGAAAAUAACAAGCACCUCUGGGGUUCCUCAGGGCUCAAAUUUUGGCCCCAUUAUCUUCCUUCAUGCACAUUAUACUCUUAUACAUCAUUUGCAAGCUGCAUUUUUGUUCCCAGUUGUAUUCAUUUGUGGGUUUGGAGGCAAAAUAAACGUAUCCUUUUUUAAAAAGUUGCCACAUUUCAGUGCGUGAGUUAAAAAUCCCCAAACUGAAACUCUUAAAAUGUUCAGCUUACUUUAGAAACUUGUCUUAAAGAUUCAGCAUCCCCUGAAGUGAAACCUUUGACCAAGAUACUUAACUUUUGAGAUCAUAUUCAGUCAUUUAUAAUGUUUGAAUCUCACUAAUUAAAGGAAAUGGUUGUUAUGUGAAUUUUUCAGCCCUAAGCAGAAAUGAAGCGGAGUAUUUUGUGGAGAGGGAAUCAAAUGCUCCUUACCGCAGAUAAACCAUUAUUGUGUGUCAGUGUUCUGUCGGUUUUUUUUCUUUGCCGAUUCCUCAUCUCCCCUCUUCUCCCCUGCCUCCUCACGCCUCCUUUCACAUGGAUUUGGGCAGUAAGCAGAUGGACAACACCCUCUGGAUAACACAGGGGAAACCAAAAUACUGUGUCACAAGAUGGCAAAAUUAUUAGCUUCUUGUUGUCCAUGUGACAUCAUGUCUUCUUCCUUCAGUGGGGGAGCGAAAAAUCGAGUAUUUCAGCCGAAUUACUGCGAAACGAUUUUUCUGCCAGCCUCAUCUAACUGUAUCACACUUCUUUGUUUAUUCAGUAAUAUUGUGGUCAUACGGUAUUACACCUUUUUGCGUGGUAUGGCGGGACAUCAGAUUGUGUCUUUAUCUCAUGUUGUCCUUCAACAUCUUGUCUCUUCUUGCAUCAUGUAGCCUUGUCUCAUCCUGCUGUAAUGUACUUUUCUGUCUCUCAUCUUGUUGCUUUUUUCUCGUCACUUCUUGUUUCCACUUGUAUACAGUAUACAGUCUUAGUCUUAUACAGUCUUAGUUUUGUAUCACCUUGUAUCUUACCCUUUUAAAACAUAUCUUAUGACAUAACAUCCUGUUGUAUCAAAUCUGGCUUUGCAUCGUAUCAUAUAGCAUGGUCAGGUGUCUACUGUAUUGUCUCCUCUCAUCUUGUCUCUUUCUUCUCAUAUUGCUCUAUUUUGUUCUGCUAUAGAUUUUGGAUCACACUGAUUUACAUGACAUCAUGUUGGAGCUUGCUGCAUUGAAUUGCAUCCUUUCAUAUCUCAUCAUAGCGUACUGUAUUGUAUUGGACCAUAUGUGUUGUAUCAUAUCAUAUCAUAUCAUAUCAUAUCACAUCGUGUCACAUUAUAUGAUAUAUGAUAUGAUAUGAUAUGAUGUGGUGCAGUAUAAUAUGAUUUAAUACUGUACAGUAUGAUACAAUACGUUAUGAUACAGUAUGGUUUGACAUAACUUGAUAUGAUAUGAUAUAUGAUAUGAUUUAGUACAGUAUGGUGCAGUAUGAUAUAGUUUGAUAUGAUAAGAUAUAGUUAGAUAUGAUACAAUAUGAUGCAAUAUGAUAUAAUAUGAUAUGAUACGAUACGGUCAAUAUGAUGCGAUAUGAUAUAAUACAAUACAAUAAGAUACAAUAGGAUACAAUAUGACAUGAUAUGGUAUAAUAUUAUAUGUUUAUGAUAUGAUAUGAUACAAUAUGGUCGAUAUGAUACAAUAUAAUAAGAUAUGAUACAAUACAAUAGGAUACGAUAUGUCAUGAUAUGGUAUGAUAUGAUACGAUACGAUACAAUAUGACAUGUUACGAUAUGGUUUGAUAUGAUAUAUGAUACAAUAUGAUAUGAUAUAAUAAGGUAUGAUACGAUAUGGUCGAUAUGAUAUGGUAUAAUAAGAUAUGAUACAAUACAAUACGAUACAAUAGGAUACAAUAUGACAUGAUAUGAUAUGGUUUGAUAUGAUAUAUGUUACGAUACAAUAUAAUAUGACAUGAUAUGAUAUGAUAUGAUAUGAUACGAUAUGAUACGAUACAAUAUGACAUGUUACUAUAUGGUUUGAUAUGAUAUAUGAUACGAUUUGAUAUGAUAUGGUGUUGCAUUAUAUUGUUGUUUGGUAUUGUUUGCUGUCAUAUCCCAUCUGAGCAGAAAUCAUAGAUGUUGCCAAGUAAAGUCGAUAUGUAAGAAGAAAGAAGUCUAGUAGCCUUUUUAAAGGUCCACACUGAAACACCCAUUCACAGCAGAAAUGAACACAGUCUAAAAAUGGUUUUGUCGUUUUUAACGUCAUGUAUCGAUUUGCUGAAAAAAAAGGUGGUCAAGUUUUAAGCUGCGUGACAGGAAGCAUGGCUAUAGCCCUGUCUCCAAUUUUUGUCAGUUUUUUAGGUGAGCUGAAAGUUAGAUGGAGUCAGAAUCCUUGAAUUCACUGUGUGCUAAUGGGGGGCACAACUGAGCUUACAUGAAUGUUUUAUACAGUAGAAGGUGGAGAGUGACAGAUUGUCGGUAGAGUAUGGAUGAAUGAUUGAAAUAUAUUUCCUCUACCUGAAAAACAUUACAUAAAUCAUCUCUUGUUUGCAGUAGUUUCCCCUGUUCGCUGAUUUAUGGCUCUGUUAAACUUUAAAAAGUCAUAUUUUUCCCCUCAUGUAGCUCGAAAAGUCGCGCUGUCUUGGCAAUUAUGAUAAUCUGUCUUCUCUGUAUUGUGCUCCUGUGUCGCACAUAUUUACUGUAUUUCUCUCGGUAGCUUAUGAAAUAUGAAACAGCUCUUUUGUUUGUUUACUUGUUGGUCUGUCAGUGUGGCCGCAUGCUGCUUAUUAGCGGUGGGAGGUUACAGUGAAGGUCAAGGGGAGACUCAAGCGCCUACUGGUUGUGGAUGUGCAUGUGUGCGUGUGUGUGCAUUUAAUGGAACUUGUGUCGAGGUAAAGUGAGUUUACGCUCAUUAAGGCACCAAUCAAAUUUAUAAUUACAUGCGUGAUUGUGUGUUUCAGUUCAUUUGUGCUGUUUUUAAGCGCGUGUUUUUUCCUGGCUGUGUUUGUGAGGAUGCCUGCUCAGCUUUUUUGUGCGCUUAGCAAGACAAGAAUGAUAAAUUGGUGCAGUAUUUUAGUUAUGUGAGCCUGUGUGUUGAUGUGUGUGCUCAUUUUCUUGGUGCGCAUGCUUAUUUAUGUAUGUAAGAGAUUGAUAAUACAGACUGUGCAGGAGAGUCAUGCAAGAUUUUAAGCGCUGACAAGCAGGGAAAGGAAGGGACGGAGGGAGAUGGAUUUUGUGUGUUCAUGUGUGUAUUUGUGUGUGUGUGCUGCAUGGCCGACUUCCUGCAGGGGGGGCACGUUGUGAGUGGGAGAGCAUCAGGCCCCACUUUUGUCCUCUGGGCUGAUGGCCCUAUGCUAGGAUAACUCACAGCGAGGACACGGCUGGCCUCAGCCCACACACACACACACUUACACACACAUGCCUGCCCUCGGAACAAGAAAUCUCCCAAAAUACGCAUGCACACUUUCUCACACUGAGACACACAUUCACACUUUGCCACUGAGGCGGUCUUCUUCACCACACACACACGCACAGAUUUCUCACAUUGCUCAUUACAGAACCAGUGGUUACUCCUGCUCUCCUCAGCCUCUGUCCUGAGGUAGGAAGUCCUUUUUUUUUCUAACUGUAGCUCCUGUAGCUCAUGCAGCUCCCGCAGCCCAUCAUUACCUCCACCUCCCUCACUUCCACUCAGUGCCUAACAUCCCCUCAGGAUAUCCGCACAGCCAGACAGCACCAAGCUCCCCACAAACAGCCAGGAUAGCUGCUGCUGCCGAACCAUCCCACGCUCUCUUUACCCUCAGACCCCUAAAGCCACGACACACUUUACUUCCUCUGGUGCUUUCUGCGCCUGGAAAUCCCGUUAACUCUCAUCUCACUGACAGCCAUGUUUCUGGCUCUGCUUUUCUUUUUUCAUUCGGUGGUGUUGAAACUUGAGAUGCCAGUAAAAGCCCCCUGGCUGGGUGGGUGUCUAAUCAAGGGUGGCAAAUUGGAUUAGACCUCAAUAUUAAGUGAAAUGACCUCCCUGAAGAAACAGAAGAACAGUGUGACUCUAUUAACUUUAGACCAGAAUCAGAAACAGAACUUUAUAGGAGCCAUAAAUUCCUUUAAUAUUACUUUCUCACAUCAGUUUUGGGAGGCUAAAAGUUGGGACUAUAUAGAGUGGUGUUUAAUGUGUGAGAUGACAAGCUUUAGGAGUAAAUAAAUAAUAUAAAUUAAAGCAACAACAAUCGCUCCCUGGCAGCCUACUGUACAGGUGGAUCAUGUAGUUCCUCUUCAGCCAUAUUUAUAGUGGUUUAAAUUUAAGUAUCGUCCAUUUAUUUAAAGAUCUUUGGACACCAUGCACACACCUAAAAGAAAUAAGGUGGAAGUGUUCCUUUAACACAAUUCGGGGAAAAUUUAUUUUCACCGCCACAGAGCAGAUGCUGAAAGUCUGUCAUUAUUUAUUUUGGAUAUCUGGGAAACAUUCCUCACAUUGGACAGCUCCUGAUUUAGAAACUAACAAAUCCAUGUCUGCAGAAAUCUUGUUCCCCGAUAAUUUAGCUACUUUUGCAAUGUUGUGCAAGAAUCAGCCAAGACCAUGUUGGUAUAACUGUGGCAGGAUUACUUAAUCUCAGGCAGAGGACACAUUUUUAAUAGGGGACAAUUGAUACCAGUUUUCAGGGCCAAUACUGAUCAGCAGAUACAGAUAAUGAGAGUAGGCUGACUACAUGCACAUUAAAAUGGAAUAUACACGAUACCUUGUAUUCGUAACAUAAUAGAGACUCCAAUCAAUUGUUGAAGAUUAAAGAUGUAUAACGGUUUAUGUUAAAGAUUUUAGAACAUGAACAUGACUGAUAUUUCCACCAGAGGCAAAAUCAAACUGCCUUUUUUUUAUUUUUUAUUGAUGGACCGAUGAAUCGGUUGGCAGAUUAAUUCGACUGAAUAUCUACAUCUUGACAUAAUCGGCAUUAUAUCAGCUCCAUACCUCGCGAGGCCAAUAUCAACAGUAUCUUUUCUAAAUGUUAACACAUCUCUUUAUUUCCUAUAAACAGAAAAUCAAAUCCAUCACACUGAUUGACUUGUUUUGAUGUUAUAUUUUAUUGUAAUACUCAAUAUUGGCAGUAAUAUCAGUCAUGUUUAGAAAUCUACAGUUAUAUCUCUAUUGAUCAAUCUAAAACAUACUGGUUGCCAAGACAGCCAUGUAUAUUAGAUUAUUAAGUCUAUGGAAUAAUGAAUCUGACUUUAAAAUAAUAUUUCCCUUGUAUUAUUUUUCAUCUUUUGUGAUUUCAAACUGCUGGACAGAAAUCCAAAAAGUCCAUUAUUUUUCUAACUAUGUCUAUUUGAUUAGAUAUUGAACAAAUUCAGCAAUUUUGACUCUAAUUCAAUAAAAAAAAAUUAAAGUGAUGUUUGAAAAAUUCCGAAAAAGAAAGAAAAAACCACAAUCUGAUGUCAGCAUUAUAUAUCAGCUGGCCUGCUUAUUAUAAUCAGCAUCAGCCUUGGAAAAAAAUGUGAUUGGUCAACCUUUAAAUCAUAACAGAAUUCAUGAUAUUAAACUAUGAUGCUGAUAAUUAUAAGUGCUGUAUAUUCACUCAUCAAAAAUAUCUAUAGAUGUCUUUUUAGUCCAAGCUGACUGACUCCUCAAAGAUGGGAUAUUUUUCUUUUUUUAGAACAGUUUAAUUUUUUUGUGCAUUUACUGUCUUUCCGAUAUUCUGCCAGCAAAAAUAAAACAGCCUGGAUUAUCUGAUAGCAUGCGGUGUCAGUUGGUAUGAAGCCUUUUCCGAAGGUUUUGUAAAGCUGUUAGGAAAUUGAGCUCAUGUGUCAGUGUGCUGUCGUCUGUUGUUUGCUGCCUCCCCGGCCCUCGUUUGUUUGUGUGCCAUUAUUAGUCAUCAUUGCUCAGUUCAAACGGAGCUCUGAGCAGCCGACCCCCUCCACCUACCCCUCCCCCCCAAUCACAAGACUGACAGCACAGGACCAAAAGAAAUCCUGUUUGGCCCACUGCCAUGUAGGGUGAUGUCAUCCUUAUAAACACACACACACACACUCACGUUCAGUCACACAAAACAAAUGUGCACUCACGAGGCGCCGUGGGACAUGCACUUCUGCACACACACUGUGAUGUGCGUCUAUAGGUGUAUGUGGGUGAAAAUGCAGCCAGAAUGAACACGUAUAGAUCAAACGUAUGUUUAUGUUUUCAUCCCCCUCUUUCUCUUUCUCUCUCUUUCUCCCUCUCUGUUUGAGUCUGUUGUUAUUAAGCAAGAUUAAAUGAAUCAUUAAUGAACAUUUGGGAGUGACAGAGGCACAGGACAAACCGAAUAUGAGGCGCACCUGUGCAUUUAGCCGAUGGCGUGUAGCGUAAUAGCAGCAUGUUUCUUGGCUCUUAUGGAAUAACAUUAGUAGUCGCAGCGCUGUAUUGAAGGCUCUCCCCCUCCUGUGGUGAUACACGGUUUUGUCAGCAGGCGCCUUAUUGUACAUGGCAUGCUGUCUGCAGAAGGGAAUGCUCAGGCUCUCCCUUUUACACACUCCGCUGCACGCUGCUGCACACACACACACACAUAUUGACCCACACCUGAGGCACCAAGGAAGAUGGCGGGUUAUAAACAUGUAAAUAAAGCUGGAUGAAUGGCUCUUAUGGUUUGCAUGGUCCUGCAUGAGAUAGAUGAUGGUGUUAAAGGGGUAUUCUGGCGUAAAUUUAAGUUAUGGUCAAACACAUCGUAACACGGAGUUAGACAACCCCUCAAGAGAUGAAUGUUGCAGACUGCUUGCUUCUCUAGUUAUACCAACUUCAGCAAAGACCGCACGAUAGCAAUACAUAGCGGUCUACGUCUCCACACGUAAACCUCAACCAAAUCGCCGCUCUAUAGCCACAAAUAAUGCUCAGAACAGCACCUAACUUCAUCAACAGUACAUCAACAUUUGCCUAAUGGUGUGAUUAUGUGGGAUUCAUAUGCUCGAAACUGUUUAACAAGGUUUCUCUACUCUCAAUUUAUAAGCUUGGUAUUGUGUACACUUGAAAAUGCAGUAAAGACUUAAUCAUUUCAAACAGAAAUUAGUCUUUGUAUCUUAUUAGUGUUGUUUUAGUCGAACCCAGUUUUAAUUGAGGCCUAUUCAUAGUCAUUGUUCAAAGCUGCCGGUCUCACGAAUCGAGUAGACUUUACAGUAAUCAGUACAUGUGCUGUCGCAUCAUGAUUACUUCCUUUACUUCUUGGUUGUCAUUAGCGCUGGCUUCCUCUGGCGUCACGUCACAUUUUCACAGUACCAAGAGGUUGGUAUUGACCAGGAAACUGGCAGGUAUCUGGGUCUGGUUCUGGAUUCCCAUCCCAGGACAUCAGUGACAAUUCAUAAGACACUGGUGAAAUCUAACACAGCUGUCAAGAGGGAGGCAGGUAGCAGAGGAAGCCUGUUUUGACAUUUACCAAUCAGCUGUCUGCAGGUAUUAAGAUCAUUAUGACUGAGCUUUGACUUGUUGGCCUGUCUAAACUAGCACUAUGCCAAGCUACUCAUUGUAAACCAUGCACAAAGCUAAUACCCUUCUAAAGAGUCUAAGAACACUUUUUCCUGUACCGUUUUCUGCGGUUUGAAGAUAUUCAAACCAAGUUUCAAUGGGAUUAGACGGUCGAUUUAUGCAAUAAAGGAUUAUAACAUUUCCAAAAUUUGCCCCAGUUUUUGAUAAGUUGUUCCACAGUUGCGAAACCCUGUGAUAUUAGGGCCAUGCCUUUCCCUCGCAGCUGGAAAUAAAAUCCUCAUUCUUUGCGAUUUCAUCCAUGAAAAGUUCCUGUGAAAGCUCGGUUGGAGGGAUCGGCGUUUCAGAAUGUGUGAACGCAGCGACGAGAUGCAUCAUUCCUCUCAGCUUGAAUAAAGGCAUGCAAGCAAUCAAACACUAUAUCACUCCGCUUUGGCCGAAUGCAAUCCCCAUGCUAGAGUGGAGCAAUAAGACGCAUUACUCUGUAAAGUUUCAUCCAAAGUGGCAUCCCAGAUAUCUGCCAACUGUCCUGUCAGAGUCAGAGUCAGAAUCAGAAUCGGAAUCGACUAAAUUGGCCCAGUGUGUUGACAUGUACAGGGGGUUUGUCAGCAACACACACACACACAGAAAUGUACAGAUAUAGAUUCCCAUGUCCACAGAGACAACAUGCUAAACCCCAGAUAAGCAGGAAUAAACAUGUAAGUAUUAUGUAAGGGGUUAUGAUCAUAGAUAACACUCUCAUCAACAUGUGUCUAAAUGCUGAAUGUAUGCAGCCAAACUGUAAUGCUAACAAGAUUAAAAACAAGAUCAGAUAAACUGUAAAAGCAGAGCAGACUCAGAGAUCUGUCAAAUUAUGUAAAAUGCAUAGUUUAAAGUGCAUACCAGAUCCACAGUUUCUUAUUUAAAGGGCUAUUUCACUUUUUUUUUUAGUGAAGUUGCAAGGAAGUGUGUUAGUAACUUAAGGGCUCAUAUGGAUUAAAGUUUAGGCUCUACUGAAGAACUUUUAGGCACCUUACAUUUGCACAAAUCAAAUCAAGUCAAGCUUUAUUACUGUCAAUCACAGCCACAUACGCAGGGAUCGAACAAAAGUUUCUUUCUUUCCCAUUUAAAGGGCUUUUUCACUGUUUUUUAGUGACGUUGCAAGGAAGUUUGUUAGCAACAGUCCAGCUUCUUUCUUCUUCUGUUUUUGGCAAACAUGGCCAACUCUGAUGUGUAAUUUAGCUGAUGAUAGAGACUUUACCUUAGUGUGACUUUACCUUUACCUUAGAAGUUUUUUUUUAUUGUGAAUCACAGCCACAUACACAGGGACUGAAAAAAAAAGGUUUCUUUCAAACCCACGGUGCAAAAUACUAAGAGGAUAUCUUACAAAACUAUAGAAAAUACACAUACUCAUAUUAUUAUUGUUAUCUCUCUGUAUUCUUAAGCGGCCUUGUGGCUGUCUGGCAUGAGUCUGGUCCUAGUUUUUCCUUUCCACUGUCACUCAUGUUAGAUGUGAUUGAACAAAUCCCUUCUUAGGUUGGGUCUUGAUAAUUCAUCAAACAAUGAGUGUGGUCUCGACCUGCUCUUUUUCUUUGGAAAGUGUCUUGAGAUGAUGACUGUUGUGAAUUGGCGCUAUAUAAAUAAAUUUUGAUUGAUUGAUUGAUUGAUAUGUAACAUGAAGUGCAAUCAGCAGUAUUGCACUGAACAGGUGAUAAUGUAAAGAUAUUGUAUAGUGCAGAAGUACAGAUUUAGGUUGUUCUGUAGCAGCAGCAGAGUUGUGGUGUGAAAUACUGAGCAGAAAUGCUGAGCUCUUAUUGGCUCUAAAACAGACAAAUGCAUUGGUUGGAGAUAAACAAUGACAGCUGCACUGCACGUCAAAGCCCUGUGUGCUGGGUGUAGAGUCGGGCCCUCAUAUCCUGACGUCAAUCAGGAGCAACAUGUGCCUUCACGCAGACGGUACAGACUUUUCUGAAACUGCCUAAACACGUCGCACUGAGUGUGGUUAUUUGACUCAAAACAGCGAGUCUGCACUGAUGCUGCCCCAGAAUAGCAGCUUUUUGGAUUAAAGAGGUUUUUUUUGUAAACAGGGGUAUUGUGGAGAAUUUGAAGUCCUGCAGAAAAGCACAGAAUCUGGGUUAAUUUCUCUGUUAUCCUCUCCUUUGCACUCUUGAACAAUGCAUUUGCACGUCGCAUAUUUUCAAGCCGGCAGUGAAGAUUUUCUGGGUGAAGUGUCGCUGCCUCCUUCAUGAAAUCAGAUCAGCACAGCUUUAUUCAUAACCAGCCUAUUUUCACCCUGAACGGCUCCUCUGCAGUGAUUAGCAGAGAAGUGUCUCGCAUUAAUGACUGCUGAUGAGGUCUUUUGUCACUAAGACACUCAUUUCUUCUGUGGCAUUUCUUUAACUCGCAGACCUGCUGCUCAAACCUUUCAGCCUAUCGCGGCCCCCGCUCUGAUGUGUCAUCUCUCCUCUUUUCUCUGCAGGUAUGAUUUGGACUGCAAGAGCGACAACCUCUCGAAACACGUGAGUGUCUCCUUCACCUUGGCUCUACAACAAUCAGCCAUGCAUUCAGGAAAAUGCUAUACGGACAAAUGUUUACCCUUCCAGUACAAUAGCAGUCUGAUUUGAAUCAGAAUGUCAAAGUGUCACGGUGUCACCACAGGGACAAAGCAAUCGUGUUGGCAUUUAAACUCUCCUGCAGAAAAGACUGAGGAUUUUUGUGACCCAUACCAAAGACAUUCAAAAGGGCUUUUACUCCACAAUCUCCGGAUAUGCUUGUUUUUUUUUUUGUGUGUGGUUUAUGACACAAGAUAUCCAAGGAGUAACGCCACACAAGCUGUCAGAUAUCAGUGUAGUGUUCUUAGAGACCUCCUAAAGAGAGUUCUGUAGUUUUUUGUGUUGAAGGAAAAACGGUCAGUCACACUUUUGACCCAGAGGAAAAAGGUUGACUCAAAAUAGCUCCUCCAACAUUAUUGCUGGAGCUUAACAGUCGCCAUAAUUGUGGUUUUUCCAUCACUCUGUACAAAAUUCGAUCAUUAAUCAGGAGAAACGUGAAACAAAAUCUGGAUUGUUCAUUCUUUUCUUACUCAGUUUCAGUGGGGAGGGGGGGCAUUUUUUUCAGAUUCUAUAUUUCCUUUCUGAUACCUAGUAUAAUAGUUUUAAGUAAUUUUCAGAUUAAAAAAGCCUCAAAUUUCUCACAGUGGUUUAUUAAAAUAUCAUUAUUUCAGUCUUUUUCCUAAACGCUUCAUUUUAGCUGCUGUCUCUUUAAGGCCCCCCCUCCAAAAGCCUACUUUCUUCUGAUUGGCCACCUGUCCGGAGGCUCACCAGAAGCCGACUGGACCUCAGCAAGAGCCACCCAAGAGUAUGGGGACCAAGAAAAUAAAGAAAAAUAGGAUAUUAAGAAAAAAGGUGUAAAAUAACGAGAAUAAAUUAGUGAAAUAAUGAGGAGGAAGUCGAGUUACUGAGUGGUUAUUCUGUAUGUUAUUGUGAAAGGAAGGAUCAGAAAGGCAGCCGGCCUCCUGAUCGAGUUUGAAGUCUGUGAAGCAUCUGGUAGAGUUUAACUCAAGACAGGGUUUAAUGAGAAGGACAUCAGCUCCAAAUAGCCUAAAAAUCAGGGUGAAAUACUCCUGAACUGAAAAGUUUUGUACCUGUUGCUUCACAGGAGAUAGUAGCUUCAUAAGAUAUCUCACUCCUCAGUCAUUUAUUUGGAUAUGUUGUGUUUGUUUACCUUCUGUCAGCAGGGGAAGUAGGAAUGUGAGAAAUUUCUCUAUAAAAAACAGGAGCACUGACAUCAACUGAACUAUCAAAUUUUGUCAUUGCAUUUGGUUUGCAGCUCUAUUUCACAUGGCACAAAACAGAUGGUACUACAGAGAGCUUCACAGCUGCACAUAAACUGCACAUUGCUGAACAUAACUGCCAAACAGAAGACAGUUAAGACAUUUUUACUUCUGAACGAUCCGGAGAACAAGUCUGUGUCUAAUCUAUAGAUGCAAUUUUCAUCACGUAAUGUAAGGAAAAUGAAUUCCUAACUCUCUUACAAGCAUGGAGCUCCAUUUAUUAAUGUUGUUUUAAUGCUCGUUUAUCAACUAUCCCAUGAAUAUUAUGUCAUUCAGGGUAAUUUUCUUCUUGUUUACUCGCAAAUCAUUUCUAUAAGCGCCGCUGUGUAGAUUUAUGUACAAGUGUGUCAUCUGCAAAGAGAGUGAGCUGGAAUAAUAACAGCUAUCGCUUCGAGCAGAUUUCCCGGGGGAUUGAGCUUGUCAGAGUGAUCAAAUAAAGAGGGGAAAGAUCAUCUCCAUUUUUGUCUCUAACAGACGUAAACGUUAGUGACAACAGUCAGCUGAAAGGCUGUGAUAAUGAGUGUAGAUUAUAUCAGCUUUGUCGUUUCGGUUUUCAGAAUGCAGCUUUGUAAACAUCCAGUCGCUGCCUCCUGUCGCUGCCGAUGAUUGAGCGCAGGAUAUCUCCCAAACACUUUCCCACCUGUUUUUUUUAAGUCCUCCCAACCUCCAUGUUGAUUAUCUUCAGAUUUCCCCCUCAGGAGAACCUCAUCUUUCACUUUCAGUUCAAACAGAAGCUGCAGCAGAUCCCUGCUCCAGAUCUGUCUCUAACAACCCCAGCCCCAGUUUCUUUUACCCCGCUUUAUACUCCGCCAACUGCAGGCGGAGAUCUUUCCAGCCCCAUCCCCUGCGUGCCCCCUGGGCUUCCACUCAGAGCGUUGAGCAAUGUGCACGUAGCAACUCACUCUCAGCAUGAAGGCUGGGGACGCUUGGAUGCGUCCUGUCGUCGCCGUGGAUGUGUGGGAUUGGAGAUCUGGCACGCAGUGAUGGCUCCAUUGUCCGGGCACGGUCCAUCUCCUGUCACAGAGCUUUAAAUAACUUGAAAAUGUGUAAGGAGAUAAAAAAAAACGCUCACAAGUACAGCAUCUCUGUUGGCAGCUUCAGUAGAAGUGUUUGAGAGGUUGCUUUUUCCUCCCACCACAGCAGAUGUUUUUUCUCGCACCAUAUGGUUUCCAUACCUUCAGCAGAUACGAAGGAGGGGAUGUGCAUAAACAGAGCAUGUAGUAAAUGGAAUUAAUGACUCCUUAUCUUCCUUCAAUGCAAAAGAAACCCUUUCAGUCUGGUUUUUUAUGUCUUUCUGCACCAAUCAGCUUCCUCCAAACAGAAAUCUCAUUUCAAAGUUUUUCUUUAUUAUUUUAAACUUGAUCAGCGGGGGAGCUCAGGCAGGGAAAUGGCUUCUUUGUUUGCACACAGUCAUUAACUUAACCGAGUGUGUUUCUUCAUGACUAUUUGAAGCAGUCAGGAUUUUACUGCAAAAUUUUACUCCCCCUUAUUAAAUUUACAAUUGCUCCUAGGGUAUCAUUAUUUCUUUUCCGCAAGCUUUGCUUUUUUUUUACUUGUGAAAUGUUUAAUAAUGAACCUCCUGUUUCCAAGCAAACCGUCUGAAACGCAGAUAAAUGGUUUGUUUAAUCAGAGAAAGCAGCGGUAACUACUUUAUGUGAGUCAUAAGAAACAAAACCUUUAAUUUUAUUGAAAUAAAGUCUGUACACGCCAAUCAGGGUUCCUGCAGAUCCUUGAAAGGUCUUUAAGAGUUUUAAAUUGGAUUUUUAAAGUUUAAGACAUCGUAAAGGUUUGGAAAGGCAUAAGUUUUGUUUUUGUUGUUUUUUUUAGUGAAUUUGCUUGUUCACAUGACAAAUCCUGCAUUUAUGGCCGCUUAGUCCGUACAUAUUUACAAAUCACCAUUUAAAGAGGAGAGGAGAAUAAAACUUUUUUAGGGUCUUAAAAAGUUCUAAAUUUGAUUUUAAAGAGAGUUCAGCAACCCUGCUUUAAUUUAACUAUCUGUCUCCACUCUGAAAUAACUAAACAGGGAUUUUACUUUGAUUCAAGGGAGAUAUUUCAGUCUGCACUGUUGGCCAGACUCAAGGACAACAUUUUGAGAUGAUUUAAAGUAGAUACAUUUGGUUUAAUCAAGAAUAGCUUUAAGAUUUUCACGAAAAAAGCUUUCAAACGGGGAAUUAAAUGUGUUACAUGUCAUCAUUCUCACUGCUGAAGGCCUGAAGUACCUGUUGUUUGCUGUCUUAUCUUUAGUGUGGCUGCCCACCAUUAUCUGAGGCUGUAGUUCAGGUUUAUCUGUUGCCAUGGUUACCUUAAUUCUCUACUACCUGGAUGAAAACAAGCACAAAUGGCAGAUCUGUUAUAUCUGAGUGUUAGGCAUGGUUUGAAAGGACACUUUAGGGAACUCUAGUAAGCUCAUAUUGUUACUUCCAGUGUCACAUUUAAAUGAUUUAAACUGUCUGAAACACUUAGAUCUUCAUCUCUGGAUCAGAGGUCCUGUGAUCAGAGAGCCUAAAGGACUCCUGCUGUUCUGUAGUGAUCUGUGUUACUGGGGGGUCGCCCUCCUAACCUCUGUUCUCUGCCACCUCUGAGCCUUUUAAUCGGAGGCGCCUGAGCCUCUGGCCCCGAGAUUAGGUUUGGGUUUGCUAGCUAGCAGCACACUUCUUCUGGAAAGGCCAGAGCUUUUUUAUUUGUCAUCUCUUUUUGUUUCAAGACCUCGACUGGGGGGAGAAGUACCGGCAAAGAUCUUUGGAGCAGCUUUCUGCCCGCCGGACUCAACACGGCUCAUCUGUCAAGCUGUUCUGCACACACAUAUACACACUGUCUCAUAUACACAUAUACAUGCAUGCCUUCUUACGCACACAUGCAUACACAAUCUGGCAGGGGAGGCCUCAGUACUGGAGCGUGAACAGUAUUUCCUUGCCUGUUAUGAGCACAUUUUCACAGCCCUCCCUUCUCUCUUUGCUCCUCUUACUGCUCAGAGGCUUUUACUUUCCCAAACGGAGUCUUCAAGUGCGGUCGCCCUACAGUGAUCAACAAGGGCGCAAAAUCCUUCACACACUGGAUUUAUGAGCCAGUGUGUGAAAUCAACUCUUCAUUGACGGAGAAAGGAGGCCAAGCACAUGAAAUCUGACUCUCUUCAUUUCCUGGAACACAAAUAUUGAAACCAGUCGAGCUUUUUGAAGCUGCCUGUUCAGCCCGACAUUUAAAAGAAACGUCUUAUUUGAUGUGUGAUGUAUCAGGGAAUCACAUUACCCGACAUCUCCUUCAAUUUGAUCAUCAGAUAUAGUGAAUAGAAUAAGAGGGCUGAGCCAAACAUAGAUCUGAAAUUACACUAAUGAGGCCUGAAAACAAGCACGCCCCUGCUGCAGAAACUGUACUCCAAAGCCUAAUGAGUAAAAUCUCACCUUCCCAUGGAUGAUGAGCUGCUUGGGGAGUGGUUUAGCUCUUUUUUCUUUCUUUCGUUUCUUUUUUUUUAUUUGCAGACCAAAUUGGACCAGAUGUGAGACUAAUUUUGCCGUCUGUGCCAUGAGUUUUUCCUGGAGGGAGUCUUAAAGAGCAGGAUGUCCAGACAGAAUAACACAUUCAACCUCGACUUCUUUCAAACAUCUGGAAAAGUGUGCUUCUGUUCAUAACCCCUGAUUAUGUAAUAUUAAAAGAAAAAACUAAAGCUAUUACUACAGAGAUUUAACAUCGGGUUUAUAGGAAGUCAGGAACAGAGGGGGUUGUUCUGAAAUUGUGGAUGCCCCAGCAGUAUUUUGGUUUCCUUUUAUUAAGAUAUGAGAAAGGACUGAGUUGACCUACACACUUCCAACUACCGUCCUUCAACCUCCAGCUAGCAACACCAAACCCCCAAUGGUCUGAAACAGGAGGAAAAAAUUACUUCCUCUGAAACCAUGUCCAACCAGCCCAGAAUGGUUUGAAACAUGCUCCUAGAUGCAAUUUUGGCUUCCAGACCAAUUUACAAUGGGGGACCAUUUUGGCUGAUAUUUCAGUAACCAAAGGUCAUAUAAACUUGGGACGAAGUUGCGCUCUGAACACACUAGUCUCAACCUCAUUUGUGUACAACCUGCUAACCUGGAGAUAUAGAACUUAUACUAGGGCUGCACGAUUUUGGCCAAAGAUAAAAUCCAAAUUUUUCUCUCUGAAACCCGAUUUCAAUUUUUUAUUCAAUCUUCAUUUAAAUAAAAAGUUUUUUUUAUCAUCUUUCAAAAUGAAACCACUGAAAACAAUGUAGUGCAUAUGCCAAGUCAGUAAGUGGCGCUGUAACACUGCCAAGGAAAUGCACAAAAAAGCAGAAGAAGAGUAGGGAGCAUGGUUGAUUUGACCGGACACGCGCAGACGCCAUAAAAGAGUCACAUAAUCAUUUCCAGAGAUACAGAUAGGCAUCCACACGGAGAUAAAACGGUAUUGGUUUACAGAUUUAUGCACUCUCUGACCCGUUUUCAAAAAGUACCAUUUAAAGUCACCCGUUACGCCGUUUCCGUGUGGAUGAAAUGCCAGUACAACAAAAAUCUUCCGCAUUUAUUCCUGAAUUUGUUUCUGUGCGGGCGGGUUGAUACCACCUUCAGACAGACUUUGCAGCGGGGAGUGGUUUGUUCUUUGUGCAAAAGUGCAACCAUACCAAUUCCACACGACUGACUUGCUCUUGCCCUAUUUAGCCGCGAAAUAAUGCCCUCCUUUUGUAAUCGCCAUGUUUGUUUACACUGGUGUGUGCAGGAACUGGGGAGCACUCCCACAGGAAAGGGGGGAGCCUACGGUGGCCUGGAGGCGCGAAACAUGAUAGAGAGGAAAAUCGAUGUGACGAAUUUAAUAUUUUUAACAUCCUCAUAAUCAAAAAUCCAAUUAUGAUUUAAAAUCGAUUUUAACUCAUAGCAUUAAAUUUUUGGUCAAACAGACUUGAUCAGUCAGGAUCAGUUUUGUCACACCCUCCUCAUAAGCCUCAGGGGACCUUCCCACCAAGUUUGAAGUCAGUACAAUCUACUAUAUCUGCAGGGAGCCACUUGGAAAAUCAUCGCCCUUAAAACUUUUAAGAGGUUGGGAGGAAGAAAUCAUUCAUAACCUUAUCGUCUUACAGACAAAGACAGUUCCUGUGCUUGACAAUGAAUGGUUUCGUAAACACACCGAAGCCAAAGUGUAAAUUCCCAUCAGGUCCAAACUUUAGUAAAAACACCAUGACUGGUUUUCUGUAAUGAUUUAAAGGUGUAAUUCACUCAGAGCCUCAAGCAAGCAGAAGGCAUCUCACUCACUGUGGGUGGUGGACUCUGCAAGCUGCCCAGAACAACAAAAAUGGCAUUUUCCCCUCAAGUUUGCCUUAUAUAAUAUAUAAUAUAUGCAUUAUGAAAUAAGAGGAUAUGCCAAAUGAUGAAAUAUUUAGAAAUUGUAUUGAAUUUCCCUCUCUGCAACUGAAGACGUAAACCUUUUCAUCCUUCCUCUCUCGGUGUUUCAUGUGUUUGUAUGUUUCUCUCUCAUUCAGGACUUCCUGGGCCAGGCGUUCUGCACGCUCGGUGAAAUCGUCGGCUCCCUGGGGAGUCGCCUGGAAAAACCUUUGAUGUAAGUUUGUUACCGCGCAGACAAACACACACCCUGCUUUUUAAAAAAAUUACACUCACAUAAUUGAAAGCCUUUUGGUUUGUAUUGCACGACUCUAAUCAGAGAGCAACUAUCACCGAGUGGCACUGAAAGCUGUUUUGGCUCGCGCUUUGAUUUCAGGCUCUGUUCGAUUCAGUCACAUGGAUUGAAAAUCAGCAGGUUAUUUUAAGAUCAUUUGCGAGCGUUCAUCUUUGAAGUGCCGGGAAGGAAAAGCAUGAAAAUGAGGGAAGACGGCGAUGACAGCGUGCACUGUCUUCAUCAGCAGAAUGAAAUGAGUAGUUAAACAGCAGCAGGGCCUAAUGACAGACUGUAAACAUGUGGAGAUGGUAAACAGUGUGAAGUGAAAAGGGACAGUUCACCCAAAGGGUAGAUGUCAGCAGUGAGCGCUCAGCUCAUUUUAUGAAGAAGCUUAAACCGAAGUGAAGCAUCAACUGAACCCUGGAGAAAUAAUCCCAGAGAGAGUUUUACAUGAAUAAACGUCUGAUUUUUGCUCUGCACUGCUGUUGAUAGCAAAGCCGUGAUUAAACCUGCAGGAAAUUCAUGAGAGAAUUCAUAUUUGCUGCUUAUUCUCUUUCACUUCUCCUGUGUUUUCAAAGUGUAAGCAAUAAAUAAAAAAAGAAAAACCUUCUUAAAAAGUUAUUUGGUUAGCCUAAGGAAAGAAAGAACUUUUGAUAAGCUGAAGGUCCUUUCAUACCGGGACCGUUUUUUUCGUGCAAUUAUCUGUAUGGUCAGGCGCGUCAAAAUUCUCCUCUGAAUAUUUCGUAAUUUCAUGUUCUAUAUUUGCGUCGGCCCCGGUGUGUAAGGAACUUAAGAGAUAAGAUAAGCUACGCACAAAAAGGCGAAUGUCAUCAACAAACAGUUUGAUCUAAAGGAAAUGGACACUUCUUUUUAUCGCUCGUAGAAAGUAUUUAAGAAAAAAAAAACUGGUAUUCUGGAUGCUUCAGUCCGACCAAAAGGUAAUACUGCUCUAAUCUAAGUACUUUGGUGGAUUUGCCUAUUGAAGAAGUUUUUUUGCCUAAACCGAAUCAUGAUGGCCGCCCAAUCUCAGAUUCCAAAAUACGAUCAGGAAGUCUUGGUGUCUUAAGCUGACUGAACAGCCUUUAAGCUCAUGUAGUAAUUUUAGCAACGAAACUAAAAGGUUUUCUGGAUCGUAGCCGAUUCUGAAAAUGUGAGAGACUCCACCCAGAGGGCACAUUCUAGUCCAGUAGUGUGUGGACUGUAUGUGGGAGGUCCUUUAGUGUUGCCAUAGGAAACUCACAGUCAUGUAGUGGUGAUUUAACCUGUGGGGUACCUCAGGGAUCGAUUCUGGGACCACUCCUGUUUUCUAUAUCUGGAAAUGUGAUCCAUAGUCACAACAUUGAUCUCAUUUAUAUGCAGACGACACCCAACUCUACCUUUCUUUUAGCCAUAACAACCUAAAUCACAUUUCCUCACUUAUUAGCUCUGAACAAGAUGGUUGAUGGUUCAAACACUGCAUGCACCCACAUCACUCUAACCCCACACGGCAUUGGCUGAUAUCUGGGAACAUGCAACUGCAUCAGGGCAGAGAGGGAGCGAAGACAGAUCUGGUGGAAGUCUCAGUGGUUAUGUGAGCUGGUUGUGGACCUAUUAACAGUUUGAAAGCAUCGCCUUAUCGCGUGUAUUGAUAACAGUGAUGUUGUGUGUGUGUUUGUUAUCAUCUCAGCAGCUGUAACUGUCGUCUUAACACACACAGCGGCGAUGCAACAUCUUUCUUGAGCUCACUGAAGAGAACAAUUUGUUGUUGCUUUUGUUUUCCUCCCGGGCAGCCAGCCAUCAGUAGUCUGACCCUCGCCUUGUCCCCUGACACACACUGGACCAGUCAAUGUGUGUGUGAUUGUGUGUAAGUGUGUGUGUUUGUGAGGAGAAACAGAGUGAAAGAAAGAGAGAGAGAGAAAGAGAGGGGGGCGACUAUUCUGGCCUAACAUCCACAUCACGACUGUCUGUCUCUAUCAGUGUGUGUGUGUGUGUAAAUGUGAGCAGAAUCAAUGAGUGGUUAGAGCUGAAUGGGUCUGCUGAAGAAUGACACAAGAAAUAUGAUGUAAGAGGUGUUGCCGCCGCCGCGUUAUGUAAUCACCUCUGCCUCCAGUCAUUCACUCAGAAACCUCGUUUUUUGUGUGUGUGUUUGUGCGUGUACCUGCGUGUUUUAUUUUUAGCUUUUUAUUUCAGUGCGGAGUUAUUUUUAGAUGUUCUUUAUUUUCCCAUGAUGCUCGGUGGAGUUUGAAAGUUUGCAGCCGUGUGUGUGUGUGUGUGUUUGUGUUUUCACCCUGUUCAGUCUCGAUGAAACGAGCAAAAAGAAACUUGCUCUGAGUCAAACAUAUCACACUUGUGCUCAGUGGAGUGGAGGCGGAUCAGGAGAAUAAAGACGGCCGAGUAACAACACGCUCCUUUGUAAGAUUAUGUCACGUUGUUGUUUGUAGCUGAGGAGAGAGUUCACGAAACAAACAAAAAAAAAAACACAUUACUCUCUUACAAAGCUGCUAAAUGACCAUCAAUUACAACCUCAUUGUCGGACAGAUAAUUGCUGUUAGAUGGUACAAUACCAAACACUGUGUCAACUGUUUCCCAAUAGGAGUAUUUUUUUAUCAAUGUUGUGUUCACGCUGUAUUUGCAGACACAGAGGUUAGUUGCUAUUGACAGAGAAAUAGAUAGCUGAGCAAGCAAAAACAGCCAACACUAAUUGUAGGAGGUAGUAGACAUGUGCAGGUAUGAUCACCUCGAGUAAAAAAUAUUGUGGGUUCAAAGGAGGCAAACACACAUCGCCAUCUCAGGGUAGAAGCCAACACAAGCCAAUCUAAGGUGUUCCCUUUCAGUUCUGUUUGUUGCCAAAAUAGAAGGGGUAAAGGUGAUGUCCCAAAACCAAAACUCUACCGGAUACCAAGGGUGUCCCGAUACAGCUUUUUACUUCCGAUAAGAUAUCAUUAUUAGGGCUGGGACGAUAUGCUUUUCUCACGAUUCGAUUCUUCUAUGAUUUUUUGGAUGCCAAUUCGAUUUGAAUUGCGAUUCUACGAUAUUGUCGAUUUUCUCGAUUUUUGGUCUGUAUUUUUAACACCAGUGAAACAGUUGAAUGAUGAUGAUUGUCUACUGACUAUUCCAGGAACCAUAUUUCCCCCAGAAAAUACACAUCACAUGCAAGUCAGUUUUUGAGAUUUAUUCUUAAAUUUGAAAAAAAAAAAAUCAAUUUUAAAAUUGUAAAACGAUUUUGGCACAAACUUGUGCAUGACUAGUUUUUCACUCAGCUGCUAGUCUUUCAGACUUUAAUGAAAAGUACUGCCACACUGCUGACAUCACUCCUACUCCUUGCUACUUUGUUUGUACCUUAGUACACACUGUUGUUAUGAUCACAUGGGCUCUGCAUGCCGAUAUCGAUAUCCGAUAUCAUAUUGGAUUGGGACAUCCCUACCAGAUACUAGCCGCCAAUGAAAAGACGCUGAGUCCCUGAGCUCCGUCAUGCCGUAGGUUCCUCUGGAUUGCUGCUGCAUCUCCCUCUUUAGUCCCUCUUCCGUCCAUCUCUCUCUAUCUCCAUCGCCCUCUUCCCUCUCUAAACCCAGUGCAGUUUCAGCAGAUGACAUUCUAACAUCAGUCAAGGUUUCUGCCUGUUAAAGGGAGUCUUUCUUCUCCACUGUGACUUGGUCUUGGAUAACACUUGCUGUGAAUCGGCGCUGUAUAAAUAAAGAGAUUAAUUGAGGAGGAGUUAAGAGGAAACUUGGAUUUCUCUUGUCAGCAAAACAAACAGGAGGAAACGGUUAAUUUGUCCUGAUUGUAAUCAACCAUAAACAUAGACAUCCAAGGUCCUACACACCCUCAUAUUGUCCUUACUAUACACACUUUGUUUUUCUAUGUCCAGCCAGCCAUCUCACCGGUGGCAGUCCUGGUGAAUUAUUUAUCUCCUGAGUGAGUGUACAGGUCAGCUGGUCCGCUCCCUUUCCUCAGCUGAACUUAUUCAACCAACAGCCUCGGUCCCGGACAGAAAGUGACCUCACAUAUUCAGACAGAGCGGUGUUAUCAUCCGUCAUUGUCAAAAACAAGCCUGAAACUACUCGCUGGCUGGUCCUGGUUAACAUGUCAACACAUGCUAAGACAGGAAAUGCUGUACGGUGUGGUAAAAGUAAAAGGGUCUAAUGUAGCUACAGCUUUAAAACGGGACGUUUAGUCGUAUUUUCUCCAUCACUACUCAUACUACCAUUGAGAAUUAUCCCAAAUAAUCCUGUUAUUUCACAUCAGAGUUUUCAUAUUCAAGAGAACAGUAGAGGAACUUGGUAUUUUGUACCUGAUUCGAUACCGUGGGAACAAAAAAAGGGUUCCUGGCACCCAAAAUUAGACUGCUAGGCCCAAGCGCCCCACAUUUGUUCUUUCUAUUCUCUUAUCUAACAGAAAUAACAAACUUCAAAAUAAAAGCAUAGUUGUUGUAUUGUAAAAAUUGUAAAAAAUAAAACAACCUCAAAGAAACUGAACAUUUUUCAAAAUAAAAGCAUACUUUCACAAUGUACUAAAUAAAACAACCUUAAUGAAACGGAAAUUCUUUCAAAAUAAAAGCAUGACAGACAAAUGUUAUGGGCCAGUGUUUCCUUCACGUACAGAGCUGAAAUCGUAACUUUGAUAUUAAAAAUAAACGGAUGAGGACGUUUAUGUUAAUUGUGUUAAUAAGUUACGUUUAUGGAGUAAUGUCCCGCUUUUCCAUAAAUAUCACAAUAAUUCCCUUAUUUUAAUAUUUCAUGGGUAUCAUAAUUAUGAGGUGAAAUUUUGAUAUCAUGACAACUCUAAUUUAUAAUGAGAAUUAACUAUCUGUAUUCUACAUAAUCCAAACCUUUUGUUUAUACCGUCCUCAUCGAUGAUCCAAAAAUGGUUUUAAUGUUUUUGUGAAGCAGAACAGAGAGCAGUUAAAAAAUAAAAAACAAGUAACACCAGAUAGUUAGUAAGAAAUUGCUGAGAAAACAAACUCAUAAAUCAGACGGACUAACAGGGAGGUUCGAGAAUAAUCCGACAAAACGGUGUUUGCUUCAGAGAGGGUGUCAGUGUGGGUCUGCAGAAAACAGUCAAGGAGGUCUGAUUGGAUUUUUCUUUUAUAGGGAAUCGAAAUGCAUAUGUAAAAUACUGACUCUGAACUCAUCAGGGAAAUCCAUCUGAGAACAUGAUUGGAAACCUUGCAUUGAGGUUUCCCCCUCCUUCAGCGUACUCCGUCUUUGCCGUUUUUGCCUCUGUCAGCCCCACCCCCCUCAGUGAGUGAUCUCUCUGCUUCUAUCAUAAAUUAACAUCUAUGAAUUCGUCUCUUUGCAUCAAAGGACAGCUGUGUGUCUCAGGUGACGGGCGGGCAGGCAGGCGGAUGGGGAGUAUCAAAACCUUGCAUCAAUUUGCCAUCAGUUUCUCCACGUCUCUUUCAGUUUGACUGUCUGUCUGUCUGUCUGUCUGUCUGUCUGUCUGUCUGUCUGUUAUGACUGGACAGCACUCACCCAAAUGAAAUGAUCUCUCCUCCUCCUCCCCCUCCUCCUCCUCCUCCUCGUUCUGGUUUAGGCCCGGGGUUUGCAGCAUUCAUUGGGUCUAUUUUUAGUGGUCAGUCGCCCUUGGCUUUAUUGGCUGAAUGUUACGCCUCGCCAGCUCAGGAUGUAAACAAACAUUGCUGCUGAAAUGUCACUGGCUGUGCCGUUGUUGUUUCACGGUCUUUUAUGAAGGUCUUCAUCGUGCAUUAAUUAAUAUUUAUUUGCACAAUCAGGCGCUGAAUGUAAAUGUGAGAAAGACUGGAAAACGGGGAAUUUGAUUGCAGGUCUGCAGGGGUCUCAGUCAACAGAAUUCUGCAAUCAGCUGACAUUUUAACCUCCGAAUCAUAAUAAUCUUUGUAUAAAGUUUAUUAUCGCUAACUUUAGAUUGCAGGUUUUUUUUUUUUUUAAUUUGUGGGCUGAAGAAAACGAAGACGACGCAAGAGCUGGUUCAAUGCAUGUUUGCAAAUUUAUCAUCGACAUGAAUCAGUUUACAGUUUGAGUUUGGCAGAUAAAACCAAACUUGACCGCGUGUGUGAAGUUAUAUCAAUGCUUGUUAGACCAAAAGACCAAAAGAGGGAGAUAAUUGAAUCUCUGUGUUUUUUCUUCCUCUUAUUUUCUCUUUUUUUAAACUUCUGCCUGACUGUUUUAUACUUUGUUCUUCUAGUGGGAUCCCGGGGAAGAAAUGUGGCACCAUCAUAGUGAGGGCCGAGGAGCUGAGCAACUGCAGGGUAAGAGAAAUCUUUGAUUUCUUCUUGAUUCAUUUUGAUUUUUUUCUUCUGAUGACUCUAAACUCAUCCUGCGCUCCAAACUUUGACUGAAGUCAUAAUAAAAAUGUUAAAAUAUGUUUAUGAGGAACUUUUUUUCCCAGGAAAACAAGUCAUUGACGGGACAAAAACUCUGACAAACUUGUGCUCUGUUUUAGUUAAAGCUCCUGUGAGCAACUUUUGGUUUGUGUCAGUUUGGGUGCCUCCUUGUGGACAAACGAUUGUGCACAUAACUGUUUAUAGAGAAGGAUGACAUGCCUCCACCUCCUACCCUUUCAAAAAGUAUGCAGAUGUCUUCUUCUUGUGACCACAUUUAAAAGUAAUAUCAUUUUUUAGAAGUGAAAUGAAGCAGAAUUUGACUCAAACAAGCUAAAAAACUAAAACUUUAACUCAUCAUGAAAGUGAGAUCUGAGCCUUUUUUCUAAAACAUGCCAUUAUAUGUGUGUGAGCGACAGGCCAAGUAUGUUUCUAACAUCGGGUCUGCUGCAGAGCGAUGAAGCUGGAUGGAAGAUUUUUAACUUAAAAAGAAAAUAAUGUGUUUAUGUAAUAAAAAGCAGCCGUAUGCAAGAAAAUAAACAACAAAUCAGUGCGGUGCAUGUGUGGCUGUUGCAUCCGCCCUCUUGGUUCUCACUGGGUGCUUGGGGUUCCCUCAUACAGAGCGAUGGUGGGAGUAGAAAUCACAUGACCCUUCAAAAUAAAAGCACUAAGGCAGCUCCGUUCAUGGGGAAAUACACGCUUUUGUAUGGAUUUAAGAAAACUAUAGGGACUUUUUAGAAAUAAAUGGAUGAUCUAAAUUCAUGUUUUCUUAAGACACCCCAAAGAGAAGCGACAGUGAGCUCUGUUACAGAUAAGAAACUGCCUCACUUUAACACGUCAUGAGUUAAAGUGUAAACCUGAAGAUUUACUCUGAGGUGGUUUAUUUUAUCACCUCUGUCAGCAGAAAAAAUCACAACUUUUGUUCAUGUUUCCAGCUGUCAGCUCGAGUAGAGAGAGCUGUUUUUUUCAGCUGACUUCUUAUGAGCUUCACUCUGAUUUAAAUCUUUCUUUCUGACUAAUGGAGAAAAAAAAUGAGAUUUUUCGACACGGUAAUAAAAAAACAGUGAAAUCUGAGAAAUGACCUCUCGUUUCUCAGCCUAUUUUAUUUUCAAUUGUGUUCUCGCUCCCUCUAGAUGCAUCAUUCCCCAAACAAGGUGUUUGCAGUGAAGUGUGAGGGCAUUUUUUUUCUUCCUAUUCCUGUCUGAGAUAAAAACAUGGGAGGGUGAAUGUCACUUUCUGGUGUCCUUCCCUUCAAAUCACAGAGGAAUGGCCCCGAGCUGUCAUUUCGCACUAACAUAUCGAACCAGCACGAGGAGAGAAAACUAUUGUAAAAGAGGCAGAGGCAUCCAUUUCACUCCUGACGUCUCUGCUCAUACAAUAUGUAUGUGCUGAAGAAGUUGGCGCAGAAGUCUGACAUCUGUUUUUCUGGGCGCUUUCCAACAGCAAACGGAGAAAACAAAGAAAAUAGUUUAAUGAAGAAGUAGAACAAAGAAAUCCAAAGCAAUAGAAAACGUAAUUACAAACACUUAAUUGAGUCUGAAUCCUUGCACAUCAUUAAUUAUAGAUUUAAGAGGAUGUCAUGGUAAUAAUGAGUCAGAGUCGAGAGUAUUGCGGGGUAAAAUGAAGCCUGAUGAUUUUGAUUUAAUCUUUGUUUUGGUGGCAGGAAAAUCAAACAUUUCAAUCACGGCUCCCACAGCUGCGAGAGGGUGAAAAGAUCCAAAUUAGUCAAGUUCAACGAGGAUCUUUUAUUAUUCGGAUGUUAGCGGUAUCAAAAUUCAACUUGUUUGUAACAUCUGCGACGGUAGCAAAGCUGUCAGGUGACACAGAGAAUCUACGCACAGGAGUUGUGUUGACUACGGUGGCCCUGAAGGUAAACCUCACAAACAUUCAUGAAGCACUCAAACAUAAAAGAAAAACACAAAAUAGUUCAAUGAAAUUUAAAAAUAAAACACAAAAUUUAAAAAGACACCAUGAAACCAAACUGGUAAAAAAUUUUAAUAAAUGUAAAAGAAAUUUAGGGAAACUCUGUUUUCCUGAAAUGUGAAAAAAGUUUCAGGUCACAAAAAGUAAAUCACAAAAUAUUUUAUGCUCGUUAAAUUAAAAAUAAAAGUCUUAAUCGUUUACCUUUUUUAUAAAAUACUUUCAUGUUUUAAUGAAAUCUUUUAAAAUUAGGCCAAAUUUUUGCCCUUUUGCUGUUUUUUUUUAUUUUUUUUGAGAUUUGAUUGUUAUUAAUUUUUAAAUUUAAUGAAUCACUUUAGUUUUUUAUUUAUUUUUUUAUUAAAUGCUGUCGCGCUCAGUUACAGAUUUUUGUGGUUAAGUGAGACAGCAUGACUCGUCUCAGGUCACAUGACUGACAUCUGACAUCCUGGGACACGAAAAUGAGAUUGUGAUAUUCAAACUUGAUAUUGUUUAUCCCUCAAAUAAAUAACAUCUCAGGGUUCACUGGGGGAUCAUCAGCUAUCAGGUGACUCUGUGAUUGCUUCUGGAGGUGACAGAUACGUCGGUGUGGCUUCCUGCGUAGUCUGUGUAAAGAAAUUCUGGUCUGGAUUUCCUUUUUCAGCUCCUUCUAUUUUUUUCUGUCUAUAUAGUUAAGACUGGAGUUUGUGCUCAGAAACAACGCCUAAGGGGUUAUUGAUUAUACAGUUAGUAAAGAUAGCUGUUCAAAGGUAUUGAUGAGGUCCAAAUCAAUGUAUGGCAGUGGUGUACUUGGGGUGAGAUCACUUCCUCUGGUGCUGUCAUACUGAAAAAACACUGUCAAAGUGUGUUAUUCUUGGACAAACACCAUGACAAGUGCUUAAGAAAUGUGAUGUUUGCUGCUGUCAUGAACGAUGAAUGUUGCCCUAUAGAUGUAAAAGUCGCCCUCUGGAUGCCCUUCCAGUAAAUAUAACAUAGAAGUGCACAAAAAGUUCCCUCUAGAUGCUUUCCAAUAUAAAAAAAGUGUUAAAAAAGUGACCUUCUGUCAGUAUAAUACAGUUAAAGAGUAUCUGGAGGGAACUUUAAGAGUCUAGGGGCACUUUUAUAACAUGAUAUGGAACCAUUACAGUAAUUUGAUGUUAUCAUAUGUUCGGUUUGUGAGUGAAUGUUAAUAUUAAGCAUCAUAAAUAUUCAACAAAAUGCAAUGAAUUAAGUUUAAAUUUCAGAUUUGGUGUUCGUAGCUGUUUCUCUGCACACAUGACCAAACACAUACCUGUAUUUGGUCAUGUGUGUACACCUGCACCUGCACACUUUCAUGCAGAAUCUGUACAUGAAGAUUGCCCGGAUGGAAACGGACAGACCUGACGGAGAGAAACCCUCUGACUCUGUAUGUUUCUGCAGUUUCUGGAGACCCCAGGCCGCCCUAACAUCCACACUUUGUUUUUCCUCCUCUUGUUUUCAGGAGUCGGUGAUGCUGCAGUUUUGUGGCAACAAACUGGACAAGAAGGAUUUCUUCGGGAAAUCAGAUCCUUUCCUCGUCUUUUACCGCAGUAACGAAGACGGAUCGUAAGUUGACAAGCUGCUUCCCCUUGGUUUAUUCAGACAUCAAUUUGCUGGAUUAUGAGGCGCAGCCAUCUCACGCUGACACACAAAAACACUCAUACGCAGCAUGUAAAGACGCCUGAGAUGCAUAUAGACUUUGAGUGGGAUAUUUCAUGCUCUAAAAAGCCUCCAUACAGAGAAUAUAAGGUCUAAACUGCCUAUGUGAUGUUAUGUAAUUCUCAAAGCUGUACUAUAUGUGACUUAUGGCGGCCAGCCGCUAACAGGAGAAAGCAGCAGAAGGAGGGCUGAGCGCAGAUAAUAGAUCCGAGCUGACAAGAGGAAUAGAAAGGGAGAAAGGAUGGAUAAGAUUGAGUUAAGUGAAAACAGUAUGCCGAGGUCACAGUUUCUUCUGCCCUGAAGAAGCUUUUAUUCAAGUUGACUUGAGCGUCUUAAAGAAGACACACAUUCUCUCUUUGUGCAGCUGGGUAUUUACUGAAGCAGCCUAAAUGUUCAGCCGCGGGGUUGAACAGCCGCACGCCACAGUUAAGAGGAGCCAGGCUAGGUGCCACGCAGAAAAAAGAGCAGGAAGCGGUUAUUUUAGCCAAAGAUAAUCCUUUAUGAAAGAUUUUUAACCUUACACUUUCUCAAAUAACAAAGAGAAGAGCUGCACUUUGGGUUUAUUUUGACCCCUGAAGUCCAACUGAAAUGAGGAGCUCCUCGCUGCUCUGCACAUACAGGGAAUAUGAAACCACCAAAAACAACACAUACAGUUUGUGUUUUAGGUGACGUGAAGGUGUAACUUCCAUCAGGACAAUGUGGACACUGAAAAUGGGUUGCAGCUGCUGAUGGCACCAAGAGUUGCUCGGCUAUCUCCUCCUACUCAGGGUUGGAUUCACAAAGCAUAUUGUGCGUAUUAGGGGGUGUGACAUCUUUGGCACCUCAUAAUCUGAUUCGAUGAUGAUUCAGGGUGCUCUGAUUCGAUUAUUAAACAGUUAUUACGAAUAUCACAAUUAUCAAUGCAUCUUUUUCUCCAUACAGGAUUUCUUUUAAACAAGGCACAUUUGGUAACAUUCAUUAGACAAAGUAUAAUAAGUGGUGGAUGAACAGAAUGAGAACAGAAUGAAUGAAAUCCUCGACAGGAAAUGUCUCCUAUAUGUUGAAUUUCAAACGCAAAAAUCCAGGAGUGUGACCCCCGCGCUCAGUGACAGGAGCAAGCAAGUUAGCUUCCGCUGUGUUGGCUAACAGUAUGUUAUGAGUCUGUUCCUUAAAACUGUCCAGGGGCUAUUUUUGUUGCGGCCAACCUCCAAGUUUCUCUCUAAUUUUAUUGUCAUGGGAAAUAAACGAUUUUUGAACAUUUGCCUAAGUCCAACUCUGAUCGUUUUCUUUUGCUACUUAAAGUGUUAUCAGUGGUUUUUAAACUGUGAUUAUGAGGUCUUUAGCCUGUGUCAUUUUCAAGGGCUUUUAUUCUGCAGAGAUCCAGUAGCGCAUUAGCAUAAUUAGCUUUUUUACGAGCAUUGCACACGCAUUUUCUGCGAUCGUCCUCACUACUUCUCUGAGUCUGGCCUGCAUGGUAGGGCUUCAGGGGCGGAGCUUGGAGUUGUGACCUAGGAAAUCUCACUGUGUCUGAACCUGCCGUUUGGGUCUGCCAGAGAUUCACAGCAAUUUGAAUGCAGAAAUACUCUGAAUUGCAAUUUUGCGCUUACUUUUCUCAUUUUAUGUCCUGUAGCAUUAGAAAAAUGCCAUAUGAACAUGUAGACAACAAGAAAAACAUGAUUUUAAUUGGAGUGGGUCUUUAAACAAAAUUGAUUGUCACAUGUGGCAUUGCAAUACAUCGAAAAAAUUAAUACAUUUGCCCACCCCUAGUGGUUAUGAUAUUUAAGCCCAAACACAACCAUGAACUUUGUGCAGUUUGCUUUUUUUCAGCUACAUGUGGAGAUGAGCUAUCAGCAUCCCAGACCCCAACAUGUAAUAAAACCCCAAAUUAAAAAGAUGCUUUUGUUAUUUUUAUUUUAAGUUAUAAAACAUUGUAAAUCCUAGCGUUAUAGGUUAUCACGCUCACUAAUAACACCUCAUCAGCUCUUAUGAAUGUUUAUGAUCACUUAUAAAACUUAUUAAAGCCUCAUAGUCAUAUAAGGGCCCAUAACUGUAUUUAUUGUCCGUUAAAAUAAAGUGUUUCCAUUUUUCUUUCUCAAUAAUAAUUAAUGAUAGAAAAUCCCACUCAGAAAUUAAUAGAGAAAAGCUCUGUAAUAAGAAGUUCACUCUCCAGUUAACAGGGAGCGUUUCCAGUCCCUGAGCUCACAGUGACACAUAUUUUACAAGGACAGUAAAUGUCACUUUAUAAUGUGUCCACCGUAUAACAGCAGCUCUCUCACGGUCUGCUACUUGCUGUCAAUCAACACAGAUACCAACAAAGCCCAGCCAGAGCACUUAUACCCUGUUUUUUUUUCUACAUGAUUCUUGACAACAAAAGGAGAUCACCAAAUGUAGCUUAAGUUACAUUCAAAGGUAGAUUUCUCACCUGGUAACAGCUUUUUUUCUGCCUCCCAGGUUUACCAUCUGCCACAAGACAGAGGUGGUGAAGAACACUCUGGACCCGGUGUGGCAGGCUUUUAAGAUUCCUGUCAGGGCGCUGUGUAACGGAGACUAUGACAGGUACAGGAGGAGCACUGACAUUUCCCUGAUGAUGUUGCCACAGACGGAUGAUGAUGCAUGUGUUCUUCAUGUAAACGUGGAAACAGCAGAGUAAUAAAAACAGGGAGAAGGGGAAACGGAUGUGGAAUAUGUCCUUGAGAUUCAUCGCUAUUUAAUUUGAUUUUACGCAGCGGGUUAUCUUUGUGUUCAUGACCAGAAAGCCUGAAAGAGUAGCCUCCAGAUCUCUGCGCUGGACUGGAUAAGAGCGUGUAGACUGUCAGUUAAAUCUGGAAUAAAAGAGAAGACGCUGAUUUAAGUGAGAUGUUUAGUGUGAAAACUUAACAUCAUUGGAUUUAAAAGAAAUUGAAAAAUUGGGUCGUUCAAAAGUCGAGGGGAAAAAUCGCCUUCAGGUUUGAGGCUCAACUUUUGAAUGACCACAAAAUGCAAUUCAGACGAGCUUUAAAAGUGAAAACUUCUGGGGUGCGCAGAUGGCCGAGCGGGUCAGCGCGCCCCAUGUAUGGGGACAGCAAUCGUGGGUUCGCUUCCCGCCCUUGCCUUGUGCUGCAUGUCCUCCUCCGUCCCUCUAUUUCCCCACAUUUCACUCUAUCUUAUCAAUAAAAAGCAAAAAACGCCCAAAAAAAUAUUUAAAAAACAAAACAAACAAAAAAAAACAAGUGAAAACUUUAAAUCAAUUUUGAGCCGUCCGACUUCCCUGUGGCGUCUCCUCUUCAUGCAUGUUCACUAACCUGACACCAACAGUUAAAAGGACGACAUAAACGCCAGCCUAUAUCUUGGGAACACUAUCACCAAUUUUCAACCUGCAACUUUUUUUUUCCAACUGCUAACCGUUUCAAGGAUUUCUCAUGUAAGAUUUUAUUUAUAUGAUCAUACUGUAAAAGUGGGACAAGAAAAAUCAAUUCCUCUGACAGCUGUGAUGGAUCCAGUACAGCCUUUAUAAUGCAAAUUUAAUGAAUAUAGUGCUUCUGCAGGUUAAGAGGAACCUUCUCCUCCACCUUGAGUCCUGUUACAGCAUACUUAUGUUGAGUAUCCCCCCAAAAUAGAGUCUUAAUGGUCAUCGCAGUAGAACUAAAGGUUGUGUUAUUCUUCUGUAUAUUUUUAUCUGUUAAUAGCUCACAGAACAACCAACCUAAAAUAAGGCUCUCUGCACUAUAUAGGCUUGACCACUUAAGGCUCCAGCCUUCCUUGGACCUGCUGCCUCCUUUUUAAGCAGAGAGACUGGAAAUCUAAUGGAUGCUAAUUGGUUUUUAAUGGGAUUUUCUCUCCUUCCCUUUGUCCCUUUUGUCCUUUUCCACAGGAGCAUUAAGGUGGAGGUGUACGACUGGGACAGAGAUGGAGGGUAAGGGGAUGGUGCUCAUUCUUUCUCUGAUACUGUACUGUCUUAAAGGAUGCUCAGGGGAAGAGUAGAAAUAGUUGAAAUCCACCAUUUUUCAACAUAAAGAUAAAAACCCAGAAAAUUUAAGAGCAUGUGUGCAAACUAGGGGAGGACCCAGGAGAUUAUUGCCGCAACCGCCCUCCAAAAUGACUGUCCUUAUCCGGCCUCUUGUUUGUCACUGUCAGAGAGCAGAGAAAUGUCUCAGUUUGACAUCAUUCUCUGUGGCUCUAAAUAUACAUUAACUAUUAAUACUCAAAGGGUCCCCCGACAGAUAACUUAACAGAGUCGGUUCAGGAAAUAAAGAGAGUGUUUAUCUUCAAAGAAAAGUGAGUUCCCAGUAUUCAGGGCCACGGUUUGCCCCUUAUUAUUUUGACGGCUGCAUUUUUUGUUUUAUUUCAAGGACAUUUUGCCUCGAGCCGCGAUAUAUUUCUGACCCUGCGUCUGACCGUGCUGAUUAUCUCCAUGAAAUUAUGAAAUUGGUUGCUACACCCACGACUGCAGUAACUAAGGAGCUUGUUAGUGAAACUGCUGAUUCUUCCUGCUGCACUUUGAAGAGGUCUUUACCGACAAAGUGAAUGAACUACAAAGACGCUAGUCGAAUCUGCGCUUCUCAGGCAGGCGUUUGUUGAUCUUAUUAUGAGUUUGUAGCUCUUUCUUACGCUCAGAGGAAUGUGAUUCAUGUGUUUGCUUUCCAGCCACGACUUCAUCGGGGAGUUCAGCACCAGCUACAGAGAAAUGUCCAGAAGCCAGUCACAGUUCCACAUCUAUGAGGUGAGAGCGCACAAAACACACGGCUAUACCUAUUAACGUGUCCAUAACAUGACAUCAAAAUAAAAGAUGAAACAGUUCGCCCAAAGGAGAGAGAGAGAGGGAGAGCAGAAAGCACUAAAAAUGGCUAAACAUGCUCCUCCUUUUAAGCCCUCAAAGUUACGUAAAAGUGACACAAAGCCAUGUCCUUGGCCUAUUCAUGUCUAAUUACACAAUGUGAACUCUUGAGAGCCGCGUUCAGCAGAGAGCUAAAGCUAAUACUCAGACCCGUAAUAUUCUCAUGUUAUCAGGAGCAGUUUCAGAAGUGGGAUCAACUCAAAGGGGAUAGAAAUAUCUGGCCGGGUCAGUAACAGAGGGGGACUUUGGUCGGCAUAAACUCAAUUAAACCUCAGAACCUAAAGGGUGGAUGGGUGAUGGGACAGAUACGGUGAAGGGAGGAUGUGGAAAAAGGAGAGUAAAGUCAGAGAGAUGAUAAGGGUGGGAAAAAGUAGCACAAAGUCAGAAAUAGAGAAAUGAUAAUCCCUUCUGGUGCGCUGCUCUGCUGCAGAUGGAAAAAUGUUUGAAAAUGUUUUUUUUUUUUUAAGAUCUUUUUCUAUUUAAUGUAUCUCAAACAUUUUUACCAUAUUUGGUCAUCGUGUUGCAAAGGAAAUAUCAAAUUGCAUCAAACCAUGACUUGACACAUUAUAUUGUAUUGUAUCGUACAUAAAGUUAUCUCAUGGUAACAUAUGUCAUUCUAUCUAAUCACACAUUGUAUAGUAUCGUAUUGUAUUGUAACGUAUCGCAUCUUAAUGUAACGCAAUGUAUCACAUGGGUUCAUGUCGUAGCAUAUGCAAUUACAUAGUAUUGUGUGACAUCAUAUCUUAAGGUAACAUCACAUUGUGUAAUAUCAUGUGUCAUCUUGUAUAUUAUGUUGUGGUAACAUAUCAUAUGUCAUUCUUUUUAAUCACACCUUGUAUAGUAUCGUAACGUAUCGUAACUUAACAUAUCAUAAUGUAUCAUAACGUGUCGUGUUAUAUCAUAUGGGAUUACAUCGUAUUGUGUAACAUCAUGAGACACAGCAUGAGAAAAAAUAUCUUCUCACACAGUGAAAAAAAACAAUGUUAUUGUUGCUUGUGCCUCCUCUGAAUGGAGAUAUUUAAAUCAAUAUAUUUUUUAUAAGGUUUUGUCUUCAUAAAACCCGGCCUCAUAUCUCGCUGUGUCGUCCCUGGGGACUGUAAUACACAGAUUAUUAGCCUUUGCUUGGUGUUUAAUUGCGUCACAGGCACAAGCUGAACUCACGGCUUGUAUUAAAACUUUCGCCCACACAGUGCAGAGUCUCCAUGAGCCCAGGAAAAAAAAAAAAAACAUAAUAGAGGAGGCGUGAGUAUAAAGCUGUUUCUCCCAAUUAUGUGGACCAAACUCCUCUCUCCUCCUCUGGUGAACACCUCAUGCCUCCGUUGUGCCUCGUGUUUCUUUGUCUUUUACGAAUGCCUCCAUCAAGGUCUUGGAGCAGAUUGAUCCAGUGCUUUUUGAUAUUCCCGUGUGGAUCCACGUUACAGGACAUUACAUUGGUCAGCUCAUUCAGAAUGAGACGCACACAGUCUAAGUACUGCCAGAUAUCGCCAAGGUGAACUGGUUUUAUUCAAUUUGGGAAUACAGCCCCUGCAUCAUACUUAUUCAGGAGGUUUUUUUUUAUUGAUUUUGAAGCUCUUACACACAAAAAUUAAAUGUAGAACCUCCUCUCUGAUCAAUAUUUUGAUUCAAAUCAUUAGAAGUGCUCUGCCUCAGCUGAAACACAGGAAUAGGUCAGCAGUUAUACGCUGACUUUGUAAAAGGAGGUUAACUCUCCAGUCUGGUCAGAAUACAGAGCUGAUGCCAUUUCCUUUAAAGACCGACUUCUGAGUCCUCCUUCAAGAUUAACCUGCAGCUCAGUGAGCAGACCAUUAACUUCUGCACCGGCUGUGUGUGAGCACACCGUAGACCACUGAAGGUUAAAGGUCAGCAAAGAUGCCUGUGAAGCAUGACUUAAAUCAUCUUCUGUGAAGAUAAGAAGGCAGCGCGCUCGCCAUAGCGCUGUCCGCACAUGAUAUCAACUUGACAGCUCUCUGGACUUCCUGACAUUCUUCACCUGAGCCGUAAUGGAGUGUCUGCUGACUUCUUUCAGAACUGUUUCAAAAAGAGUUACAAAUUACGCAAAAUUACAUCAUACUGUGAUUAUUAUUGGUGAAUUAGUAAUUGCAGUAGCAAGUUAAAGUAGUAGAGGUGGUGGUGGUGGUGGAGGUCUAAGUAGUGCUAGGGGUGAGAGUAACAGUGGUAAAAGUAUUUGUAGUUGCAGUCAUGUGAAAAAAGUUAAAGAAAAAGUUUAAGUGGUAAAAGUUGCAUUGGUAGAAGUACUGGAUGAAUAACUAUUCUUGUAAUAGUAGUAGUAGAAGUAGUACUGGUCAAAGAAGUAGUCACGGUAACAGUGGCUGUAGUAGAGGCAGUAGUGUUGUGGUAUCACAGAAAUAGAAGUAGAAGUAGGAGUAAAAGUAGUGAUGGUGGCAGUGGUUGAAGUAGUCGUAGAGGAUGGAGUAGUAUCCUUGUAAUAGAAGCAUUAGAAAUAGUACUUGUGGUAACUGCUGAAUCCCUGGAGUUUCCUCUGUUUGGUUUACGAAGGCUUCACUGACAAAAUGAAUUUGAUAUUUCUUACAUCAUCCGUCGGGGUAUUUUUGUGAAACAGUAUGUGAAGAUUAAACCCAGGAGAAGACAUGAAUUCAGACCUCUGGCUGCCACUUUGUCACCUGCUGCUCACCGAGACAUCAUAAAGAUGAUUAAAACUGGUGUUUUUUCUCCACAGGUGCUAAAUCCAAAGAAGAAAGGGAAGAAGAAGAAAAAGUACCAAAACUCAGGAACGGUGAGAAUAAUUACAUAUUUUAUUUUUAAAACCAAAGUAGCACAGGACAGUAAAAUAGAAAUGCUCUGUUUCUGUGUCUCUGUGCAAAAAGUGUGAGCCAUAGUAAAACCUCCAGUCUAGUCUGCCAUGUUCUCAAUUGAGACUUGGAUGCAACAGAGACCCAGGAGCAGGUUUUAGCCUCUGGGCUCAGAUGGAUUUCUGGGCGAUGCUUCGAACUGGUUUUUCUGGGAUUUAUUAUCAUAACAUAUCUCGGAUAUUCUGACUGAGGGCAUAUCAUUAAAGCAACACACAUGCAUCUCAUCACAGUACGCACUCCUGCAGAAGGAUUCAAGCUGAACCGCUGUCAUCUCAUACUAGAAUUAUAGGGAAGCUUUUAACCUCGAGAUCUGUAAGAUUUUGAGGGAUGUGCAUGUAUUUGGAUUAACGUGCAUUUCCAUAAAACAGCUACACAUGACGUCUUGCGACUUCGAUAGAUCUCAUGCAGCAAGAAGGACCCAACAGCUCCACUUAAGCAGCAUGACUAUUUGCACCAUUUAUACCAACACUGUCUUUCCCCUGUGUUACCUGGCAGGUGACCCUCCUGUCCUGCCUGGUGGACACUGAGCUCUCCUUCCUGGACUACAUCAGAGGCGGGUAAGUCUGCGGUAAAUGCCAGUAUAUAUGUGAGUCUCUCACUGUUAGUGUAGAAUCUGCACAGAGGAUUACAGCACUAUUAGCUUCAAUAUUUAGACAGACAGCUGCUGAUAACCUGCUGUUUAAUUGCUCGCCGCUGCAUGCUUUGAAACACGCUGUGGUAUAAUCCAGCGUGAUUGAUGAUUCCAUGUUAGCCCUGACGUGAUUUAUUUUCUCCUGUAGGACUCAGAUUAAUUUCACGGUGGCAAUUGAUUUCACAGCAUCAAACGGUGAGUGUUUCAAGCCUUUGCUCCUAUCAAUUCAAUCUCUAAAGUGUAUCGAACAGAUAAAACUUUGAUGGGUAACACUCAGAUCUUUAUUUGAGUUUAGGACUUAAGUGAUUCCUUAUCAGUACGUUUUAAUUGCCCUACUCUCAUGACCUGUUUUUGCUCAGCUGGAGACAGGAAGACAAAAAAGUUUGACAUUUAUUCGGAACAUCAUCUUGAGUUCAGAUUGAUGUUUUUCAUUACCCGUAAUUUGUUCAGUUUGCGCCUCAGUGCAGACACGGAGCACCCCACGCCCACAUUCUUCGAAUUAGACCUCCGAAUGUAGUGUGUGUUUACGAAGCCCCGCAGAUAAACAGCUGUACAUUAGUCUGAGACAACAGUUUAACGACAAAGGAACAAACAAAAACAAGCUAUUCUUUGUGUGCAGACUUUGUCACAGAUGAGCAGCGUUCUCAUUUUGGUAAAAGAUGAUUCAGUAAGUUCAUAUUUGUAAUACAGUUCUGGAGACAUUAGGAGAAAUGGAUGGCUUUCAUUACUGCCAUCAAAUCAGUUUCCCACAUCCCCGUCUGUGAGAGCGGCUGCACUGAUAGCGAUAUUAUGCACACGAUUACAUUAUUGCAGAAAUUUGUCUUAAGGCUCCACAUGCUCAUAUAGGAACAACCAAAGAGGGAGUUAACUGCCUUUAGUUCUUCUUUUUUGUUUUUUUAGCAUGUUCAGAGUAAAGCACCAGCCCAGUAACAAGUCGUUACCUUAUUUAUCUCAGUCUUCUGUGUCGAAGAGCACAAACAUGCUUAAAAAAGCACCAAUUAGCGAUAUAAAUCAAAAUAGUUUCACCUGAUGACUCAUUUCUUCAUUAUGAUCGAAAAGGGAGCUGGAGUUUGUUUUAACUAUCCUCCACAAAACUUUUUUUGGAGUUUGAUUGCUCUAUUAGUUGUUUUUACCUGGAGCUAAAAAUGGUUUCUAACAAUUUUAAUAUGUACGCCACAUUAAAGCGACUGUUAAUAAACAGUCUGAAACACACACUCUAGCCUCUUAAUGAGCUACAAAAGCAACCGCAACCAAAAUCCUGAUGCUUGAUGAUACAGAAACAAUUAUUUUGAAUGUCUGAAACCAACGCCGCUGGGUAAGUUAGUGCAGCAAAGUCUGCAGGCAAAGGAGAAAAGUCUUAAUCAGGGAUAACUUUGACAUUUUAGGAGAAACAAACAAAAAUCACCACCCAGAAUAAAAUCAGCAAAGUGAUAAGAGGUGAAGGUCGGACAAAAAUCUCAUGCUCAUCCUCCAUCAGUAACACUGAUGCCCUGACGAGUCGAUCACUUAGUGCAGCGGAGUUUCGCAGCUCAAGGAAGAACAUUUAUGAUUAUUACUUCAUGGAAAUUCAAUCAGACCGAGACGCUGAGGCCGAAGAACUACCGCGUCUGCAGUGCAAAAUGAUUAUUAUGAUGAUUAUCACUUCAUGGAAAUGAUCCACUGCACUCGACUCAUCAGGGCUCCCCCACAAACAAGUGGCUGCUGGAGGAGAGUGGGUGAGGUGUGUUAAGUCUCUUUGCUAAAGAUGGUUAGUACUAUGGCUAGGACCCUACAUGUACUGUUGAUGAAGAUAGGUGCUGUUCUGUGUAUUGUUUGUGGCUAUAGAGUGGCUUUUUGGUUGAGCUUUGCGUGUGUGUAGUGCUAUUGUGUGGUAAAAGUCGGUAUAAGUAGAGAAGCAAGCAGUCGGCAACAUUCAUCUCUUGAGGGGGUGUCUAAAUUGCUGUUACAGUGUGUUUCAACUUAAAUUUAUGCCGGAAUAUCCCUUUAAUGUAUUUAAAAACUGUAUAUUCAGCUUGUGACCUGUUAUUUGAGGCUCAUAUAAUAAACUGAGUCCAACACUCAGUUAUCCCUUUUUAAAAUUUCAGCAUCUAAACAGAGAAAUCGUUACAUUCAAGUCAUUUCUACAGAUAUAGUAAACAGGUUCUUGCCUCUGCAUGUAAAGGAAAGUCGAUCUCAUUUGAAGUUUUCAUCACAAAACACCCACCUGUUCGCUGAUUCCUUCAUUUCUGACUGUGGGGGCGAGGAUUUUGUUGGCUCAGAAAGCCACCGUUUCUCAUCAUCUUAUUAAUGUAGCUGCUAAAUUGCAGAAACGGCUUCAUGUUACAAAGCUCCUCUGUCAAACCACGCUUCCUCACGCCCGUCCUCUGAGGUUUGAGGCACCCAGUGAGAAUAUUUCUGCCUCUGAUGCAGCUGUGCCUUGAAGAAAUGUUUGUGUAACUAAAACUCCAGUCUGCGUUUUAACCCCCUUCCACCCACUCCCCUCCUUUUUUUUAUUUAAUAUGACUCACAGCCCAGGGGGAGCAGGCAUAAUUACAGUUUGAUGCUGAUGUGUGUGUGUGUGUGUGUGUUAUUGUGUUGAACCAUCCGGGUCUCAGGCAACCCGUCGCAGCCCACCUCGCUCCAUUACAUGAGCCCAUACCAGCUGAAUGACUACGCCAUGGCGCUGCGGGCAGUCGGGGAGAUCAUCCAGGACUACGACAGUGACAAGUUGUUUCCUGCGCUGGGAUUCGGUGCCAAGCUUCCCCCAGACGGGAGAGUCUCACACGAGUUUGCCCUGGUGAGGAGGCAAAUUUUCCCUCUUAUUUAAUCCAUGCAACAUUCAAAUACACAUGCAAAUCAUGCAGUUACAGAUCCAAACACGAUCACGCAUCUGCAGGAAACACUGGCAAAGGCUGUCAGUCUUUACGAGGUCAGAUUUGACCAGAAAUUUGCGGUACUCACUUUUAUAGCUCACUGCACAAUACCAAGACAGCUGUCAUGUCCUGCCUCUGUUAACAGUGCUCAGAUAUAUCUGGAACUGUGGAUUUAUCAAAGAAAUAGUAUACUGGUAAGAUAAGACUCUACAGCAGCUUCACAGGACCAUCGAGAACAAUGUGGGAACAGUGUGAUAAAGGCAGAAGGGAAUUUACUGAGACAUUUAUUUACCUGUAUGAGGUGAAAUAUGGUGCUAAUUUCAAACAGCAUUAACUUUAAGACUGGUGGUAAAAAGAAAAACCUGGCAGGAUAACAUUUCACUUUUCCUCAAACGGCUGAGAAUAAACUUUUAAUGGCUCCUCUGUCACCGUCGGAGUGAAGUUUAGCCCUCGUGUUUGUUAAAGCAUGAUGGAAAGUUUGUGAGAGAAGCGUAAAAUAAACAAAACCUAUGUUUCCAGAUGCUUUUGUACACAGAUGACCAAUUACAGGCAGCAGCCGUGUAGGUGGAUGGAGGGCAUUGUGGACCACAAACAUAAACAAAUCAGACAAACAGCCCACACAGACUGGUGAUGAAAAGCAAAAGAAGCUGCUCAGGUUUGAGCUGCAAACAAACACGACGAACAGCCGUGCAAACCCUUUAUAUGGUUCUUUUUAAUGCCCUGUUCUGUGUUGUUUUACUUGAAACUGUUAUACCACAGCAUGGUGGCAGUUUACAGUAUGACACAGACAUCCACAGAGGGUGAAACUAUCUAUCUGUCAAUUUAUUUUUUUCACCAUUAUUACUCCAUCCAUCCAUCCAUCCAUCCAUCCAUCCAUCCAUCCAUCCAUCCAUCGAAACAUUCAUCCUUCACAACUUUCUGCCACCUUUUCAUCUAUCGAACAACAAUCUAUCAAUUAAUCCAUCAGACCAGCGUCUUUCUGCCCAUCCAUCCAUCCAUCCAUCCAUCCAUCCAUCCAUCCAUCCAUCCAUCCAUCCAUCCAACCAACCAACAGACCAACUUACUAAUACCCCUAAUUUCCAUCCAUCUUUGCCUCCAUCCACCUAGCCAUCUAUCCAUUCAUUGCACUGAUCAUCCAUCAUCUGACAAACUAUCAGUUCUUUACUUCAUCCAACCUUCCAUCCAUCCAUCCAUCCAUCCACCAACGAAACAUUUACCUUUUAUAACUUUCUGCCAUCUUUUUAUCUAUCAAUCAAUCAGUUAAUCCAUCAGACCAGUUUUUUUCUUUCCAUCCAUCCAUCCAUCCAUCCAUCCAUCCUCUCACAAAUCAACACAUCAUUUAUCCAUCUGUACUUCAGUUCAUCCAUUCAUCAUCCAACCAUCUAUCUGUUCAUCCAGCAAUCUUUCAAUCUAUCCUUCCACCAUCCACCCAUCUUUGCAUCCAAACAUAACUACCUCAUAGAUCGUUCUCCCGAUCAUCUAACAUCCAUCUCUCCUAUCUUACAAACCACUUGUCCAUGCAUGCUUUGCUCAUCCAUCCAUCCAUCCAUCCUAUAGUCUCCCGUACCCUCUUCUCUUGAUCUACUAUCAGACUCCCAGCUGUGUCUCCAGAGGCGUUUACAGCCAUUACAUCUGCUCAGUGUGGAGUAACAGCCUCCCCAGAGGCACCAGACCCUGAGACAAGGCACACAUUAAUCUAAGCAUUAAGGACUUAACUUAUUCAGCUCUUAAGGAGGAGGACUGCAGCUGUGACGCCGCAGUGGGACAAAGCCACCACUGAAUCCAACCUGAUUAUACAAGCUCCAUUUAAACAGCAGAGAAAUCUCAUGAGCCCUACUCGUACUCAUGGGCGACCAGGCACAGUUAGCCAAGAUGUUUUCCUACUGAGUUAAUUGGAAAGCCCAGAAACAUAUGGACAGCUUAAAUAAUAUAAUAAUGUCAUGCAUAAUAAUGUCAAUAUAUCAAAACCAAAAGAGCGAUAAAAAGACAGCUCUAAACAGACAAACUUAGAAGACAGCUACUCCAAGGCAAAGAUGUUUUUUCUUCAUUUUACCCUUUUUUGCUAGACCAAAAGUAUCUAACCCAUUAGGUUUUACCGAGAUGCCUCCCCUGGUAUCCAUCCCUCAUGCUGAGUUAAAAAUGUAAAAUUGCCCCCCUCAGGAUAUUCUUGACUCAAAGGCUGCAAUGGAAGAUUUUUACCGUCCACAUUUCUUUAAAAUGUUUGUUAUAUCUCCAACGUAAGAUUGGAUUCUGCAUCCUCAGGGGGCUUGAAACCCUCCAGUGCCUCUCGCACUGGGUAAUAUUUUCUGAUGAUAUUGGGGUAUAACUGAUGCUGAGGCCCUGGGGUGGCCAUUUCUGAUCUCCUUGAGUAUGCUUGUAAUCCUGUUAUUCUGCAAUUUGCAGCCAAAACAUGCCUGUUUUGAAAAUAAAAUGUAAUUCUACCCAGCCCUCCUCUCAUAAAAGAAAAUAAAGUCUACAAAUCUUCUUUUUUUAUCUUCUCCUUCAGGGACUCGCUGCUUUGUUAUUGCUUUUAGCUGCUUUGUCUCUGCAUUUAUCAGGACAAGCUAACCUGAAUGUAAUUAUAGAAAAGAUGCAUGAUGUUACAAUGUGCGUAGCUUCCCAGUGCAGCACAAAAACAGAGAGUAAGCAACAUAUUCUAAUUACCCCAGAAUGUAAUUAGCACAUUUUUCAAAAUAUUAGCUGGCUGACAUCAAUUCACUGUCACACUGUGUAAGCUGUGAGAUGCUGAUGCGUAUAAAGCAGGAAAGUGGCUGAAAAUACUCCAAACAUUAAGCAUCAUCCUGAAGGAGACGGACUAACGCUUGAUCUCAGAAUGUGAGAUCUGCUUUUUAUAGAUUUCCAGCAACACAAAGCAAAGCUUGAUCAAUCUGAGACGACAGAAAAGGAGACCAGUGUCUCUUCUUUUACCAUAGGACUGAAAAGAGGAGUUUCAUUUGAUAAAGUGAGAUUAGAGAAGAACAAAAGCUCCCUUCACACUUUCUGAGGAAAUAAACUUGAAUUGUGAUGCAGCUGCUUUAAAGAUACAGUAAAUGCAUUAAUUUCCCCAGAGUCACUGGAGCUCCUACUCGUCUAUUAUUACAAAUAUAAAACUAAUUUUCAAAGUGCAUCCAUGAAAGGAAUGUCAAUAUUAGUUAAGGGCCUGUGUCCACUAACAGCUCCCCUAUAUUUUAGAGUGCUUCCAGUCGCCCCUCUAUUGUUCCCUGUAUGUGCCAUAUCUUAAAGACUGUUUCACAGCAUCACCAGAACCUAAAGAAAAGAAGGUGGAGUCACUUUCCUUUUCAUACAGACCUCCACCAUUAUUGUUGACAAAGCCGUCCUGCUCCAUCUUGAUUUUGAAGAGCUAGUGAUGGAGAAGUGACACUGGCGAGUGUAUCGUGUUCCAGCUGCACUUUUUCUAACUCAGGGUGCCGUGAGCUCAGUGACAAAAACAAUAGGAGUGCCCCGAUAAAACGUUUUUUACUUCCGAUUGGAUGUUGAUAUUGUAGCCUUGAGUUCUGGCCAAUAUCAAUACUGAUCCGAUAUUGGCACAAAAUUGUGCAUGAAAAGUUUUGCACUCAGCUGCGACGUCUUUUUUGGACUCAAACAAAAAAUACUGCCACACUGCCGACAUCACUCCUACUCUCUUGCAGCUUUGUUAGUACAUUAGUACACACUGUUGUUGUGAUCACCUGGACUCUGCAUGCUGGAUCCAGGCGCUGCUAGAUAGAGGUGCCGGAGCAGAGUCUGGAACGGACAGCUUCUAUCAGAGUGCUGAAAUCGGUGAUUUUAAAUGCAGGCUUUGCUGAUAUCAGACCGAUAUCCAAGAUCAAAACUGUAUUGGGACUUCCCUAAAAACAAUUUAUUUUGAAGGCAACAAGAAGCACAGAAAAGGAAUUUUGUUGGUUUUGUUUAAAGAAUAGGUGCUGACUGUGGACACAGGCCCUUAAACUGAGUCUCUGGUUGAGUUUCCAAAGGUGAAAUGAAGCCAUACAGGCAGUUUUUGUUUCACGAAUGUCAGAGUACAUCUCAAAAACAUUGAACGUUCUAUAGGGGCUAAUUUCCUUGAAUUUGUAAGGGGCGCUACAAAGCGAUUCAGCCAUGCCUGCAGAUAAAAUUACUAUCAGCCCUCUUAUUCCUUCACUGAGCUCACGUGUAUCAAGAUUGGCGUCUCCACAUGUUUGUUCAGGCCCUGAUAAAAUCACUUCCUGUUUAUGGCGAUUGAUUUGUCGCCACAGCAACAGCAUUUGCUAUUGGUUUCUGAGAUUUGUAGCAUGGUAGUGCAAAGGUCUUGGGUGUAACUACUCCUACUUCAAUCAAAUUCAACAAACCAGAUAGGAUUUUAAAGUACCCUCCUCACUUUGCUCUUGUAUAGAGAUCAGUCUCCCUUGCCUUAUACUGUAUUAUUGAAUUUAAUUUCAUCACUGGUACCAAAACACUCACCCCACCUAUCAAAUUCAUCUCGCUCCCUCUAGCCUUGUUAAACCCAAACUGCAAUGAGCACGAGGUUGUAAAGAUGGAUGAUUAUGGCUCUGUGGAGCUUUGCUCUGCUCUGAUCACAGAUCUAUUUAAAAACCGUUUCCCCACAAUCAUGAUUCAAGAGGCCAAACUACCCCGAGGUCCUAUCUGAUAUAUUGAUCGUUUGGACAACAUCUUCUUCUUCUUUAUCUGAUGAAUUGUAGCGUUUUUCUACCGCAUCUUUUGAUGUUUUCUGUUGUUGUUUUUCUGCAGAAUGGUAAUCCACAGAACCCAUACUGCAACGGUAUCGAGGGGGUGAUGGAGGCCUAUUACCAGAGUCUCAAAUCUGUGCGUCUGUACGGACCCACCCACUUCUCCCCUGUUAUUAACCAUGUGGCCAGGUAGGUCCACUAUAAUCACAGCCGGGGAUACAGGGAACAUGUGUAGGCUGGCAGACUUGCAGACACCAUGCAGAAAAAUACACAGUGUUCAAAGAUCUCGGUAAUGUCUGAUAUAAAGAGACGUUUUAGCAGCUCUUCAGAGGAGUCAGUUCCUUCUCUGGUGGGUUUUGGUCUCUGUUCGCACAUCUUGGUUUCUUGAUUUGUUUCUGUCUUUAUCUUGAUAUGCUUUAGGUUCUUGCCUGUUACCAUGACGUUUCUCUUAUCUCUGUUGCCCAGUGCCUUUCCAGUAGUGGAUUUAAUUCAGCAUUUGUUUAUAUUACAGAGUGCACAGUCUGGAAAUACUCUGAGAGCACUGACACAAGAUGCCCUUUGUUCUGAUUUUGAUCAUGUUUUCGAGAUUUGGUGUCUUGUUUUUAAAGGGGGCCCAUCAUAAAUCACAUUCACAACAAGUCUUUGUGGGUCCUCACUUAUCCAGAUCACAGUAAUCCAAGGCUAAAUCCAAAGGGCGGCUGGACUUGGUUUAAGUUCUUGAAGAUGUUACAGGUUUCUUCUGAACUAAAGAGGCUCAUCAGAGGAGGUGAAACGUCCCCAAGAACUUCAAUCAAGCCAUAUUUUUUUCCCCUUUUUGAUUAAAAAAAAGGCAAAAUGACCAGUUAAUGAAAAGAAAAAUUAAAAAAGAGUCAAUAUGAGAGAAUCACAGAGACAUUAAGGUGUGAAUGAAAAUAUAAAUUUGGACUUUGAUGUUUUUAAACUUUACUAAAGGAAAGAAAAUACUCAGGAAACUGAAAAAUUGGCAUAAUGUAUUCAACACAGGAUCAUAGAGUCUGUGGGUAAAUAAUGUUUAAUUUCAGAGAGUGGCUAACACUAGCAGGUUAAUUAUUGCUCUAAUUGAGUGGUUAUAACCAGACACAGCUUACAGACAACUUAACCCAACGUCAUCAUCCUCCAUCAGCUGUGCUUGUUUACAUUCGGGUAGUAGAGCAGCAGUGGUGGGUGGGUGGGUGACUGCUCAACAGCUGAGGUACAACAUCUAAAUUGGUAUUUCACACCUACACCAAUACAAAUAUCAAACCAGCUAAGCAGCUGAGCAGAAAGGAAAGAUGAUGAUGAUGAUGAUGAUGGUGGUGAUGAGUCAACUUCACUCUCACCUCUCUACUAUUAAGAGCAUCAGCUAGAGAGUCAGAGCGCUGCAUCUGAAAGUGUGAAUACAGAGGGGUUUUAAACAUAAUGAUUGGUGACGCAGAUCUGAAAUGAACAGGUUCACUGUUUCAUUGAACAGAGACUUUCAAACCCAGGAGCUUUUCUCUCUUUUUUUUUUAUAAAGAGCCCAAAAUAAAAUUGGAAAUCGAUCGUGAAUGAUAGAAGUUGAGGCUCCUGAGAGGAGUUUUAAGCAUGUUAUGAAACAAAGUGAAAAAAUGUGUUGGUUUAUUUUAUAGCAAAUAGACCAAACACAGCCCUCCCACUCUCCUCCAGCAACCCCUUAUUUGUGGGGGAGCCCUGAUAAGUCAAUCACCGAGUGCAGUGGAGUUUCGCAGCUCAAGGAAGAACAUUUAUGAUUAUUACUUGUGUGCCCCGAGAGUGGGAGAGUUGUGUUUGGUCUCUUUGCUAAAGAAAUCAGGCAAAGCUAAAAAGAACUGUAACUCUGCUACAAGAAAACAGCCUUUUCCUGAUUCCUGAUGAUUUAUUGGAGUCAUGCAGCAGCUGCAACAGUCCUUAAGAAUCUGAACAGUCUAUCAAUCUGUCAGGGAGCAAUUGUUUGUAUGGCGCCAGUUUGUAACAAGUGUUAUCUCAAGACACUUAACAAAAACAGCAGGUCUCGAUCGUACGCUCUGCGCCACUAUUUGCCUAUCUGCUGAUUGAUGCGCUGUCAUCAGAUGGAUAAAAAUGAAUAAAUAAAUAAAUAAACGAAUCCCCCGCACAUGAGAAGAAACGGCGCUGUGAGUAAUGUUAAUGUCACACCUCCCACUUUACAAAUACGCGCUUCAUCACCCUCCAUUGUGGAAAACAUGCACCAGAGCUUCACUAUUAAAAACCGGAACUGAGGGAGAGACACGAAUGAGCCUCAGAGUGCAGUUCGAGUUUUAUUGGUGCAACGAAUUAGACAUGCAGAACCCCGCUCUGACUCCACUUUAAAUAUUUAAGAGGAAAAAUAAACAGGUCCAGUAGAUGUUAACCACAAACUGUCAGCAGCACUUGGCAUUACUACACCAACAGCCUCUGAUGAAACUUAAUGUGCCGCUCUGUACUACAGAAUCCCUCCACUCCCACCUGACAUCCCCUAUUGCCAGAUCAUGUCUCAUGAUCCUGAAGACUGACUGUAACAAGCACUUUUCCCACCUUUCAUCAGCGGCUUUAAGAGCCUCUCUCUUUCUCUCUCUUUCUCUCUCUCUCUCUCUCUCUCUCUCUCUCUCUCUCUCUCUCUCUCUCUCUCUCAAAGUGUUAUCCGCCCACUCAGACUGAGAAUAGCUGCAUUGUUCAGACCUCACUUCUGAGCAGCAUCUGACUAAAACUGGGGAAGACGUGGCUUACACUAAAAUAAAAAAAAAGGUCAAACCAUGUCAGAUUAAAUUCCUAAUGAUCUGACUGUCGUGUUCAUUGGGAUGCUAUUUGAUAUACUCUCUUGAUAUUGACAUUACUUGAAAACAGAAUUUCCUCUUUAUAAAUGACAGAGCUGCUGCCAUCAUUGGUUUAAAGCCAGAUGAUAUCCUUAUAUUUACUGUUAUCCCUUUACAUCAAAUAUAUGUCACUCUCUAUUAUUUCUGUUCACCCUGUGCUCCCUCCAUUUAAAAGGCUCUUGACAUCUUCACCUCAUUUUCCAGGCAGAAAAUAUUGGUCUCAUGUUUGAUCUGGUUUAGGACCAACUUUUCAUCGCCCGCACUUUGUAAAACCAGAAUUGGCUACUAUCAUGUCCUCUGUUUGGGCUUCUGUCAGCCAAAACACAGAUGGUCCCAAUCUCGUCCCCAGAUUGAACUCUCCAUGGAGACAAAUUUUCUUUAAUUUCUAGGGGGCGCCACAGAGCCAUUUAGCCAUUGAUCCCACCGCUCUUAUCUCUCCAUUAAGCUUGUGUAAUAAGAUUGGCGUCUCUGUGGCUUCCUGUAUAUGGUGAUUGAUCUGUCGCCACAGCAACAGCAUUGGGCAGAGAGGAAAUUAAGUGUAUUAACAUAUAUUGAUUAAGGCUGUGUCCGAAAUGGAUCCCUAACCCCUAUAUAGGUGACUACAUGGGGGUUAGCGCCAUUUUUAGGGGUGUCCGAAAUCUCAGUGAUCAAUUCAAGUGCCCUAUAUGGGCGACUCAAAAUUUCCCAUAAAGCAUUGCAAAAUGUAGCGACCAUCCGAUGGUCACUCACCAGUGAUGGGCAUCCCGUCAUGCAUUGCAUCAUGCCAUGUAGUGUCUGAAACCUCCGGUAAUUGAGUUCACUACAUAGUCAGCUAUAUAGUAAAAUCCCAUAUGGGGGUUAGGGGUUAGGGAUUGAGUGAUUCAUUUUGGACACAGCCUACGUUUAAGUUGUUGUUUUUGCUCAUCUGACAUUUGACCAUUUGUACCUCCCCCUCACAGGUAUGCGUCAGCAGUGACAGAUGGCUCACAGUACUUCAUCCUGCUCAUCAUCUCGGACGGCGUCAUCACAGACAUGGCGCAGACCAAGGAGUCCAUCGUCAAUGUACAGUACCCCGUUUUAAUCUAUCUAAUAUAGACAGUUCAGGUCAUACCAUUAACACAGGAGAUCAUGUAACGAGAUCCAGCUGAUUCACCGUACCUUCAGUACAAGUCAUUAGUGGUCAAGUACGAGUCUCCAGAGGUGAGUCAAGUCAGAGUCAAUUCGUCAUAUUCUAUAUAUUAGUUCUAUAUAUUAGUUAAAACAGACAGGGUGGUCUGUGGUCACUCCAGACUAGGACAGCAUGAACCUGGACUCUCCUGGAUGAGGAGAAAACAAAACUCAUCUAUAACUCCCGUCUGCAUCCUCUCCAUCUCCCGAGUCCAGGUCAAGUCAGGAGUCCAGAAAAACCAGGAAGUCCUGAACUAGAGCGCUACAACACAGCUAGAUACAGAUCAGCAAGUAAACAUCGGAGGGCAAGACGGCGAUAUUACCUUAGAUAAGUGACAGUGAAGACCCCGGGUGGUCCGACUUUGAUCGAGUCACUAAUGAAGAUUUUAAUAAAGCAACAAACAAACAAUAUGAAAGGCAGAGUAUGAAAAGCUGUCCAGCUGCUGUCCUCCUCUCUCUUUCAUCUCCUCCCUGUCUCUCUUUUCACCCAUCUUCUCUAAUGAGCUGAGAGGGUUGGGGGGUCAUCCUCAUCACCCUCCCUUCCCCACCUCCCCCCAUGUACCCCCUGAUCCUACCACGUCCGGCUCUGAUUGCUCUGCUUUCUAAUCAGAGUUGAUGUGUGUGAUGAUUUUUCAUAAGCCCCGCUUGUCUGUUAUUCCUCCGCUCAUGUGAUGUAACAUUAUUGUAAAGUUAGAUUCGGAGUAAUUAUUUACCAGCCUACGGGGGGCCAUGCCCCUCGUAUCCCGAGCAAUUUGGUCGUCCGUCUAAUAACCACUGGAAGUUAUGAAACAAUGAAAAAGAAAGCCCAUCAUUCAUCACUCUAACUGUACUUCAGCUGAGAUUUAAUAAACAAUAUUGCAAAACAGGGCAGCAGUUCAGCUGCAGCUCAGGGCGGGUGGAGAUGUAAAUGGGAGUCAUUUUUAAGCUGUCAGGCUCUGGGAGAUUUAGACAAAGUUGUAGAUGCAUGAAAUUACAAAACUCUACAACUGGCCGAAUGAGGAGCUUUAUUAAAGCGGCUGCGGAGGGAAGAUGGAAUUGAAUGAAUGAACCCCGUCUGUCUUAACAAUGGUGUUGAAUUUUGCCACUGAGCUUUCUCUCUAUGUGCUGUUUGAUUACAGUUAGUCAUUCACAGGGUGAUUUCACUGACAGCCUGCUGCGUUUAAGAUAGCGGAGAGGGGAAACGAGCACGUGUUGCUUCUCCCUCAUCUUUCAUGUGUCUAUUUUGUCUCCUCCACCCUCCACAGGCCGCCUCUCUGCCCAUGUCAAUUAUAAUCGUCGGGGUUGGACCGGCAGAAUUCGACGGUAAGCAGGUUGAAGAUUCUCCGCAUGUGUGUGCGCAUGCUUUUGUGUAGUGCGUUUAUUUGCAUGAGGUAAUCCUUCGCCUUCAUUCUCCGUCCUAUCUCGCCUCCCACAGGGUUCAGACCUUCUUUUCUUCCCUGCACCCAUUCUCUUCCUCCUCAACUCUUCCCCUCUCCUCCCCCUCCUCCUCCUCCUCCUCCACUAAAGCUGAGCUUAAGUGGAUUUGAAAAUACUCCGUUUUUUAGACCAGAUGUGGUCUGCCUGUUUAUUUGUCAUUAAAGGAGACCUAUUAAACCGAUCCCUAUUGAAUUACAUAUGUAUAAUGUGUUGGAUGUCCAUAUUUAACGCAUGGAUGUUGGUGAUUUCACAGUUAAUCAAAAAAACAAAAGUUGCAAACUUCAAAAUAAAAGCAUUUUUUAACCAUGUAGGACAGGAAAACAUCAAAAUUCACGAGUGUUUUCAAAGUUCACGAAGUGUUGUGUUGUUUCACCCUUGCCUCCCUUUCCUUGAUUUGACUGAUUUUGUUUUGUUUUUUUCCCACAUUUUUCAUAAAUAUCACUUUGACGUCAUUAUUGGGAUAAAAAUUUGAUUUCCUGAUUGGAGGGGUUUAGUAAUAAUAAUAAUAAUAAUAAUAGAUUUUAUUUAUUACGUUCUUUACAUUUAAAAACAAAUCUCAAAGUGCACAAGACAACAGUAAUAGUGGUUUCUCCUUGUCCGAAACGGCAAAGUCGUACCAAUUCCACGACUGACUUGCUCUUGCUCCAUUUAGACAUGAAAUUAUCGCCUUCUUUUGCAAACGCCAUGUUUGUUUACACUGGUGUGUUUGGGAACUGGGGAGCCUAUGGUGGCCUGGAGGCAUGAUACAUGAUCCAAAUGUAAUGGCAACAGCUAAGAUUAGCCUGUAGCUCCUGCUCAGCUUCUCAUUUAUCCCUGUUUGCAAAUGUUGUCUGUUGUCAGGCUGACAAGCUCUCUUGAAGCUUCCUCCGCUGUUGUCAUAACACAAAACUAUCAUUCUCUAUUCGGAUGGGUUUUGGACCCCAAAUCUGACCCUGUAUGUUUGGAAAGGACCAAAAAGUUAAACGCUGCAGUAAAGAACAGAACAAAACAUUUCUGUGUUACAUCUAUCGUGCCGUAAGACAUAAACUAACUGUUGAAGUCUCGGUUAAAGCAAAUCUCGCUUGAUUCCUGCAUGACUUUUUAAACAACCCAUUCAGAGCAACAGCCGCGAUCUCCUCCUUGAGUUACUCCGACACGUGUUUAGCACACAAUCUGAAUCUUUGCUGACAUCCAACGUUUAAACUCCUUCACUUAUUUGUGAAAUCUGAAAAGGCGUAAUUCCGCCUCUUGAAUAAGUGAUGGCCCAGUUUUCCACCUCUCUCCUGUGUUGUCAUGUUUACGGUUCCCUGAGUUGUCCUCUGCAAAAACAAGCUCGCUCAAGAUGAGCAAUUAGCCUGCAAAGUCAACGGGAUUCGGGGAUUAUCACGCUCAUGAAGCCGGGGUGCAUGGUUGCAUGACGUCCCGGCGGUGCAUGGCGCUGGCUGUUACACACAUUCUUGCAUGUUUUACCGCUCGCGUGCACGGUCGUGUGCAACAGUGGCUUCACGCUCAGCGAUGCAGAUUCUGUGUACUCAUGCCACGUUUGGCAUUAUCGACACUCAGAGGGGAUGUAACCCAGUGGCACGCUAAUGGCUUCAGCAGAUUAAAAAAACGCACAAACUGCGUGCUGUGUUUGCUCGGUGUGGCUUUGACACGGCGGUUUGAGCCUCCUGACUGGGCGUGACUGAUGUAUGUGUGUGUGUGUGUGUGCUCCCUCCCGCAGAAAUGAUUGAGCUGGACGGGGACGAGGAGAGGAUCUCUUCCCAAGGACGAUACGCAGAGAGGGACAUAGUUCAGGUAGAGACAUGGCUGACUGGCUGUGGGAGCGUUCACUCAGCAAAACGUCCUCAGAGAAAUGUGGGAUUUAUGAUUAAUGGGAAAAGGUCAUGGUGCUUGACCCUCUGCUGUGCUCUUGUUCUCAGUCUGCCAUUUUUCUCCCCCUUUUUUCCUCCUUUAUGCUGCCUCGCACCUUUAGACCGUGUCCACCUCGUCUCCACCUCGUCCUCUGUGUCCUUUUCAUUCUGUGCGUCCUGUUUCUCUCCCUCUCACCUGACAUUUUAAUCCUCUUGUCUUUCCUCUCGUUUGUAUCCCCUUGUGUUACAUUUCCUCUUCUUUGUUUUCACCUCCUUGUUUCCUCUCCUCCAUCUGCUUCCUUUUGUUCCUUGUUUUAUCCUCUUGUGGAUCCUCUUUGCUCCCUCUGCUCUCUUACCCUCGUGUCACAGUUUCUUCUCCCCUUGUUCGCUCUCGACUCCUGAACCACAUCUCUCCCUUUUCUUUCCUCUUUGUUCUUUCCUUUCCUUUCCUUUCCUUUGUUUCCUUGUCCACUGCCACCCUUCGCUUGUUUUUUCUCCUUAUUUCUCACCUCCUAUUUAACACUGCUUUUCGUUCCUUGUUUCAUUUUUCCUUUCCUAUCCCCUCUUUUUAAUUUCCUUGUUUCCUUUUUCCAUAUUUGUUUCCUUCCCUCUUCAUUAUUUCUAGUCUUUAUCUCUUGUGUCUCCUGUUUUAUUCCCUUUUCUCCUACUCUAUCUCCUUGUCUCCUCCUCACCAUCUUCAUUCCUUCAUCCUCUCUUCUUUUCUUGUCCCCCCUUAUCCUUUGUUUCCUCUCCACUUGUUCCCUUUCUCUCCUUGUCUUUCCUAUUUUCUCCCCUCUUUCCUUGCCCAUGUUUCCUCAUCUCCAGUCAUCCUUCACUCCUUUUUGUUCCUUGGUUCCCCUUCUGCCUACUUCCUGAUUCCUCUCUUCUCUCCUCUCCUCUCAUCUCCUCUCCUUUCUUUUGAUCACAUUCCAUUUUGUUUCAUUUACUCUUUCCCCCUUUCCUUCCCUUACCUUGUGUUUUUAUCCUCUCUUCUCCAUGUCUCCUUAUCUCUUCAACCUUAUUCUAUAUCUUGUUGUUUCCUCUCCUUCCUCUGUUUCCUCUGUCCCUUUUCCUUUUUUCCUCACCCUGUUCCUUCCUCUCUUCUGUCCUUGUUCCCACCAUCCAUGUUUCCUUGUCCCCUGCCAUUCUUACCUUGCUUUGUCUCCUCUUUCCUUCUUUAUUUACUCUUUUUUGUCCCUUGCUUCCUCUUCAAAUAACCUCUUUUCCCUCCUCUCAUACUCUUUAUUUCCUCCUUUCCUUCCCUUGCUUGCUCUUCUGUCUUUUCCUUGUCCCUCUCUCACUUCUUUUUCUCAUCUCCUCUCUCUUUUCAUUUCCUUGUUUCCUCUUCUUACCUGUUUGUAUCCUCUUCCUCUCUCUCCUCUUCAUUUUAUCUCCUCUUCCCAUGUUUCCUUGUGUCAUAGUUUCUCCUUCCUUGUUCCCUCUACACUCUUGUCUCACAUCUCUUCUUCUUUCUGUCCCUUCCUUCCCUUGCUUCCUCCUCUCUUCUUUCCUUGUUUCUUGUCCUUUUUAUCUACUUGUGUCAUCUUUUCCUUGUCAGUCAUGUUUCUUUGUUAUUUCCUUUCCUCCUUCCUUAUCACUUUGUCUCUCCACUCUCACAUACCUCCUUGUUUCCACAUCUAUCUCCUAAUUCCUCAUCUUUCCUUAAGCGUCCUCUCCCCUCAUUAUACCUCUGUCCUUCUCUUGUCCCCUCCCUCCUUGCCUCCUCUCUUCUCUUCUUUUGUUAUCUGUUGAGAGGUUUUCUUGCGCUUUAGUGAUGGGUUUUGUUUUUCUAUCAGCCCUCGAGCGAUGAUACGACAGUGAAAUGGUUUCUCUCAGUGAUGCUUUAAUAGAGGGACUUUUCUUCUCUCUUUCCCUCUCAUAAUCUGUUGUCUGUUUUUUUUUUUUUUAAUGGGAAACGUCUUUUAUGUCCCUGUCUGGGUCCAGGACUUUCUUGUAAAAAGGAUUUUAUUUCUCAGUGGAAAUAUUCCUGAUAAAUAAAAGGUCAAACUGAUAAAUCAAAUCUCCCUCUUGUCUCCCUGCAGUUCGUUCCUUUCAGAGACUACAUCGACCGGCGGGGAAACCACAUCCUCAGCAUGGCUCGCCUCGCUAAAGAGGUGCUGGCUGAAAUCCCAGACCAGUUCCUCUCCUACAUGAGGACCCGAGGCAUCAAACCCGGCCCCAUGCCACCUCCCUACACCACCUGCCCUCCACCUGCUCUCCACCCGCUCCUCACCAGACGGGUAAGCCGAAUCUAA